UAAUGCAAGAAGAUAGCCCAGGUAGACAAGAUAAGCGGGUGAGAAAUGAGCGUUACAAUACGCCAACAAAGCCGAAGCGGCUUUCGGUGUCAACUGCGCGGCACAAGGCCAAAGAAUUCGCUGCCAAAGACGACAAGUCCACACGGGUCUUGGCAAAACAAGCUAUAUUAAAAGAACUAAAUACUCAGUUGCUAGUCAAAGCUGAAGGAAUUACACCACAAAAUCGAAAGCACGAAGAAAAAGCUAAGAAUGAUGCAGGUAUGAUCCAAGACAUCCCAUAUGAUUUAAGGCUAAAUAUAUAGAAGGCUGAAAUUUGGCGGGAAGUUUAAAUCGUAAAAAGGGCCGGACUGCACGACACAGACGAUACAGCUAUUUCGAGAAAGGUUGUCGAAAACAAUGUGCCCGCAACAAUCCCGAAAGGUAAUAUGGGAUAUGAUCAGUGCACUGUUCCCAAUGACUGUAGCUGUUGAACCUACUUUUGUUGCUGUCCUUUAUAGCACUCGCAAACAUGUGUCUGUGGCGUCCCGUGCCAUUCUUCAGCAUUCUUUCAAAUUUCUUUAAAGAACAGUGCACUCAAAACCACCCACAAUACCUUCGGAUUGUCGCGUGCACUUUUUCCGAGCACCUUUCUCGAAAUAGCUGUAAACAGAAGGGGGGCGUUGGGGUCUAUAAAAAACCAAAAAACUGCUCUAAAAAUGACCCAACACAAAAAACGCAUAAAAAACCAUCAAAACCGAAGAUUUACACUGCUCAAUUUUCACAAAACCCUAGUCUAGAUCUCAAACGCUGGUGAUAUGUGGAACAUGCAGACUAAACAAUAUCACAUCAUCAUUCUAGAUGUUAAUAUCAUCACAGUAUUGGCACUAUCUAUGGGUGCUAUGGUCGUAAAACUGGCACAUCUGGCCUAGGACCCUCUAGGAGAAUUCACAAAGAUCCUAGAUUGAAUAGCAAUAGUCAAGAGGACAUUGGGGGAAAUUUUGCAUUUGUAAAAAGCUCUCCAGGUUUAUUAGCCUGCAAAAACAUCCAUUUCUCCUUGCUCUUCUCUGCUGGGGACUUUUCGUGAGGAGGAACGUCUGCGACUCAGCGACAGAAAUUCCAUACUGAUGAUGUAAAAUGUGUUCGGAAUCUGGUCAGAAGCGCUGAUUGGUCAAUGGAGUAAUUACAUUGUUUUAGUUAUUGUUUACGAAUGACAGACAAAAGGCCACAAAGGUCAAAUGUAAACACGAAGAAUCUAACAUUAUUUUAUCAGUCAAUAUUUCUGGAAUAUAGGCUUCUCUAGAAGAAGCAUUUGAGUUUUGCUGGAGCUCUUUGGCAGAUGAACACAGCACUUCACCAAAAUCGACCAGAAGACACUCUAAAUUGGACAAAUUUAUAUUUGGAACGCCAUGACUACCGGAUUCGUUAUGUAAACAUUGAUUUGUGUCAUCAGUAUGGAAUUUCUGUCGCUGAGUCGCAGACAUUCCUCCUUGCGAAACGUCCCCAGCGACGAAGAGCUAGGAGAAACAGAUGUUUUUGCAGGCUACAGGUGUAUAAAACCUCCAGAAUCCCACAUUUACAGACCUACAAUGUAGAUUGACUGUAAAAUAUAGAAACAUAAUGGGGCCUAACAUGUGACUAUACAGAGACACAGAGGAAUCUAACCUGCACAGUUUGUUACUUUUUUGGUCUUUAGCGGGACAGAGCACAGACUCCCAAGGUGGUUUUUGUGGACGUCAAAACCCACUACAAGCCGUGGACUGAAACCUUUCAAUAUACACACUUUAACUCACCCUCUGGGGGUAAAAAGAGGUUUCAUUGGAGGCAAAGCAAUAAGAUUGCUUAGAACAAACUCUUAAAAAAAAAAAACAAUUGAAGAGUGCCUUUCAAAUGUUAAACAAUGCCUCGAAGCCCGCAGAUAUCCUAAACAAGAUAUAGAAAGGUCAUUGUCAGAGGUCCACUUUGACUCAAGACAAUUGGCACUAAAACAAAAGCAAAAAAGUAAGGAGAGACUUUUGCCUUUUGUUACAACAUAUGACCCAGCGGUACAAGAUCUUAAAGAGAAAUUGAUGCCAAAUCAAUAGAAUAAUAAUAGAAAAUCAGCCUCUGCUGACCUCCGAUCAUAUUCUGCAAGAGGUAAAUCUCUAAAAGACAUGCUUGUAAGAGCAAAAAAUGUAACUUGCGAGGGCAGUUGAUAAUGCAACACAACCACAAAAACUACUUUGGGAGCCCAUGCAGGUCUGUCUUUGACUUUCCUCGAAAGAGGAAAAACCAAAAACCACAUCAGUCACCAAAAUCCGAAAAACCAGAUGCUAAAAAACAGAAAAACCGGAAACCGCAACAGACAACGAAACCGAAAAACUAAAGUUUUUCUGUGCAAAAACCGAAAAACCAACCUAAAAAUGGCCAAAACCGAAAAUCCCAACGUCCCACUCCAAACACUGUAGCACUGUACCAAGUGAACAUAACAUAUUUAAUAAACUUCAAACAAUAGAGCAAGACGAUAGGGCAUAUAAUUCUGUAUCGUAUAUAGAGCUUCACCUGUUUAUAGGUUGAUAGCGGAAUAGCUGCCAUCAGUAGACGUGAUAAAGCCUCUCUAUGUGUACCUGCAGAUGCCGCUUUUGUCGUGCGUUUUCCACCAAAUCGUCGGUUUUUCAAUGACCCAACAAAAUCAUAGCUUCUCAAGAAUUGUUUUGUGUAAUAUGCUGCUAGUGAGCUCCUACAACCAGGAUAACAACGACAGAAACAAAUAUAUGAAAAAGAGACAAUUACUCAUUUAGACACUGCAAUAAAUUUACCGUUGUGUCUAACUGAAUAGCUGUGAACAAUAUUGCUGUAUUUAAUAAAAUUAAAUUAAUGCAUAAAAUAUAUAUUUUUUUGUAGAAUACACUAACCAAAGGAAGGUAAAAGAAGAGAAAAGAAAACCUGCCAAAUUCACAUCAAAGAUUCCAAGGUAUUUCAGAGCUAUUGCUAUUUUUGCAAUUGUUACUAUAGUUGGGCUUUUUACAGACUUUUGCUAUUCGAACUCAAUCAGGGAGACCUCAUGCUUGUGAAUGGAAGUUACAGUGGAUCUUUCUAACAUAGAGUUCAAUGAUGACCUGAAAUUGCUGGUUUGCAAAAUUUCUGAUGCUCAACUAAGGAUUCAGGAAUCAGUCAUGAGGAAAUGCUUAGGAAUGGCGAGAUGUUCCUCAAGAGUAACUUGAAUGACUUGAGGUUUAGGUCUUUGUAUAAAGGCCUUUGUGAACUAGGGAUAGCCAGAAAAUGAAAUAUACAAAUAACAAGUUAAUGGCCACAUGUCCACAAGGUGGUUCUUCAAAUGCCAUCCUGUAUCAAAUAAAUUGGUGUUUCAGGUGCGGAUCCACACCAGUUUCUGCCAAUUUAAGGAAACUGGUCCUAUUUUUUAGUUAAAAUUUCUGGGCAUUAGACUCACUAUGAACAUCACUUGUCGCUGUCUAGUCCUUGUUUCACAGUCAGUGACUCAGAAACCUAGGAAAGAGGACUUAAGGGAGUUAAAAUCCUAGAGAUUUCCUGCGGGCAUGCCCCCAGACCUCCCUGAAAGCUUGCUCCUUCGUUGCUUAUUUAGGAAAUUGGUCAGUAUUUAUCCUAGAUCCACGCCUGAGUUUGCUUUUUGAGGAGAGGGUAAACCAGAGAGUCUGGAAAAACCUUUUGAAAUAAAGGUAUGAACCAAGAGCAAACUCAGCUCACAUACAGUCAACUCCCUUUAUUGUGACCUUUAUUGCGACCUUUAUAGCGACAUGGAGUUGGUGUCCUAAUUAGUGAGAGUGUUAUAGAAAGAGUUUGUUUUUGCUGGGGAUUUAACUCAUUAUUAUCAGGGUAUCCCUUAUAGUGGGUUGUCCAGUGUUCUUACCAGACCGUGAUAUUGCAGCUUUGCUGCACUUUUUUGGGAAAUGCCACCCUUUAUUAGGUCCCAAGGGUGCGAAGAAGGAAAAAAAACUUGUUACAAAACGUAUGUUAUCAUAGGUACAGGUUUGUGUACACAUGCGUACAUCUCCUUAUAAUAUAAGCCAAAAUUUAACUGGUUAUGGUGUCUUUAGAAAACAUCCAUUAUUAUGUAAGAAAGUACGAGGUAUUUACUUUAACUGAGAUCUGCGAAAAUGUUGAGUUAACUGUAUCUAAAAAUUGGGACCCGCUUUUCUCCCUCAUGACCCCCUUUUAGCUUCUGUAUGGGUCCUGUGGACCGUAGUGUAGGAAAUCCUGGUAAGAACACUGGUUGUCUGCAAGGCCAGAGUUGACUGUAUUAUGACUUUGAUGCCUGGACCUGAACCCAGGGCACAUUUUGUGGGAGACAAAUGCUGUCAUCACAGAGACACUCUAGCUACAGAACUGUACCUCGUGACAAGUACUGGUACAGAUGGGUGUGGGUGAGCAGACUGAGGAAUUAGGACAAUAACCAUCCUAUGUCUCAAGUGGACAUGGAAAUCUUGCUAAAAGUAACACAACUAAAUUUAUUUUUGCAAUAACAAACUCAAAAUGUCAUUUUGCCCAAAACUGCUUCAUGUACAUUUUACAGGUCAAAAUUAAAUUCAGGUAAUUUUUUUCAACUUAGGUUGAUUCUCAGUCUCCUUUGUCUCCUAGCCCUAACUCAUGAAUAAACAGGGUUAGGAGACAAAGGAAAUUGAGAAUCAACCUACCUGUAACAUACACAUUGCUGAAUUUGAAAUCAGCUGGCUUUUCCUGCCAAAUUCAUCUCAAAAAUAUUUCAAAUUUCAAAAAUAUUUAUCAAUAGCAUGUUGUUUUAUUAUUUUUAGGAGGAUAGAUAGGGCCCAUGCUACUGCAGCAGAGAAAAAGAAGGUCAAAUCUCUUCCACAACAGCAGGAAAAACAUCCUCAUCUUGAAAGGGAUGAAACUACUGAAAACAGGAAAAGGUAUAUAAAACCUGACCUCAGUAGAUCUUGCACUUUAAUAGCCCACAGGCAGCCCAAGCUCAGUAUGAGAGCUGAAUCAUUAAUACUUGUGGUCUUAUAUUGCAUAAUCCUCAAAUGGCCAUGACCAUAAAGGAUUUCUAUGGGAAUUCAGGUCAUACAUUCAACCAACCAUUGAAAUAGUUUGGGUAGCCUUUUGACGUUGCCAAACAAAGACUCAUGGGGUACUGGAAUGCAAUUUGUCAACAGAAAGAGCUUGAGUUCUGGUUGCUUCAUACACGCAUCUCCACCCUUUUUAUACUGUUUAAUUGAGGAAACAAACUACCAGUUGGCUUCACUCGCGGGGACGCGAUUAGGUGGCUAGGGGAAAGUUGAACCUUUGCAGUUGGGUUCUUUGGUGGAAUUGUGUUUGCUUAUUACUUGUGUUUAGAAAAUACAAACAUAGAAUCCGAUUUUAAAAUGCACUUUUUUAUCUUGAUAAAUGAUUUUGAUGGUUCUAGAUUUUUAGCUGAAAAGUACAGCUCAGCAUGGAGGAAGAAGACUUAUGGGAGAGUGAGUCCUUCCAUAGCCAGGUAAAAGAACAUUAUAUAUACUGUUGUUUUCUUUUUGCAAAUCCUGAGCACCCUGGAUUUUAGAGGUUCAUAAGGUUUGUUUUCUAAUGGGAACAGCAUUUCCCCUACCCCAGAUACAUGUUCUUAUGGUUGAAAAUGAUUUUGACAACUGUCUUCAGAAGUACAAUAUGUAGUAAUUUUUACUUUUUUAUAGAAUACAUUAUGAGAAAAAGCUAAAACAAAAAACAUUAGAGGUGUGGCAGGAUAUUUGGUGGUCGGGAAGGAAAGGAUGGAAGCUGAAUGUCAGAGCUGAUUAUCAUAACAGGUGGGAUUAAAAAAAUAACGAAUUAUGUAUUUUAGGUUAUAAUAGUAAUAAUAAUAAUAAUAAUAUUUAUAGAGGGAGCCCAACUCACCAAGGCAGUUUUCAGUGGGGCCCUCAGGUUCUAGGGUAUAGAGUAACAAUAUUUAAUUAGUGCUAUUAGACUAUUGUCUAUUAUUAGACUAUUGUAUACUUGUUGUAGGUAAAUCAGGGUGCAGGUGAAACCAGAAUUUUCUUUUUCUGUUACUGUUCUAUGACUACUUUAUUGGGGCUUGGAGACACAGGAAAAUCUGAAUCAAACUAUGUUGCAGGUUUGAGUACUGGAUUCCCCUCCCCUACCUAGGUUUGUUUGUUCCUUGUCAGACUAGCACCAGCAUCUCCUUUUUUUAUCUGCAAGCCUCUGUCAAUCCUUGAAGCCCUUAUACUGAUCCACAUACAAAUUCUCUAGACUGAUUGCCACACAUUUCCUUAAAGACUAAGUUGAGAGAAUUUGAUAAAAGGUCAGAGUAGGAUCCCUUGUUUCAUUUGCCCUACACUAUUGUGUAAAUGUUUAGGUAUAGAUUGUGGCAAAAGGCGUGGAAGGCUUGGAGAGAGUACAUCAGUUCCUGCAGAGCAAAGAAGGCAAGACAUGAGAUAGCUCAUCGUCAGGGUAAAAUGAAAAACCACUGUGUUUCUUAUAAAAUCUUCCUGAUAUACACGUAUGAGCAUAACAAACAGGCAAUUUUGAUUUAUACGUUUACAGUAAAUUGCAGUAAGGUAUUUUGAGAGAUCUGUUCAGUUUGUAUUGAGAGGCUUUUUCUUUGUUAAUUAUUUUAUUAUCCUAAAGUUUUACCAGUCUUGCGUCGGUGAUGUUAGAGUUAAUGCACUUUAGGAGUAUUUUUUGUCAGUGAAGUCAUUUUAACAAUUUUAUUUAUAAUAAUAUAAUAAUAAUAAUAAUAAUAAUAAUAAUAAACAUCAUCAUCGUCAUCAUGGUAAUAUUAAUUAUAGUUUAAAAAUUAUAGCAUGCAAAAUAUCUAUGUAACUAUAAUCAAAUGUGCGAAUUUACAUUUUGAUUAUUAAACUUCUAAUAGUGGGCAUUGUUAUAAUCUGCGAGUAAAACUCACUUUCAGUACAAGGUCUAAAAUCUUAAUUAAUAAGAUCGCACACUUAUUUUCUUUCAAGAAAUGUUUUUUUAACCGAAAGAUCUAACGAAUAAGCCCGGCUUUGUGAGAGCAUAGAUACUUAAAAAAUCUAUAUGUUUCUCUAAAGCUCAUCAUGCGUUACUGGCAAAGUGUUUGACAAGCUGGCGAGAGUACAUUGGAAUAAGGAGAAGAAAACAACGACAGGUUGAUAAGGCGUUGAACUUUGCUGAGAAACAGCUUAAAAGGUAUAGCGUUUUCCCCUUUCUUUUCUCUCUAUUUCAAUCAGCUUCGAUUGCUCUUCUUUUCGAGCGAUUUCUUAUUUUUUUUUUUGUCCGUAGAUCUUUUUUUUUCACUUCUUUCUAGUAAUUUUAAACGAGUAGUAACUUCAACAAAAUAUACAUAGGCUACAUAGCAUUCGGCCUCUGAGAGCAUCUAGAGAUUCCUUCCAACAUUUGACGCUAAAAUGAGAGGGUGCUUAGCGUCUAGCCUGCGUGGCAGGCGCCGGUUAGUUUUUGUUGUUGUUGUCUAGGCCUCCUCUUCUUUAUUUUGUCCUCUGUUAUCCUCGUGCGUCCUCGAAAUUUCUCCCAUCUGACUAGAAAAAACCAGAGCCUCCUACGCAGGCUACUUAGUGUUGGGGAGCUAUGAGACGCGGCUGUAUUCACAAUUAGCAAUUAAAGAGAAAAAAUCUCGAUGCUAAUAGUGUAUGCUGCACUGUGCUGUUUCACCGACGACUGUAUAAUUUGUUAAACUUCUUAGACGGGCCUGGGAACAUUGGCUGGCACAGUUAACAUUUCAGCGGUACUUAAAAUCCAUGGAUCUAGAAGCCCUUGAAUUCUGGGCAGACAAUUUGAUGAACAAGGUAUGUUUAACCUUAAUAUCAUGAAAAGAGAAAUUCUCAGAUUUGUCUACAAAUAACAGUAUGGCACUUGUAAGAUUCUUUGUCGAUUUUCAACAUCCUGUUUAGCCUGUUCCAGGAAUUGAGGUAGUAAUGUAGCGGAACAUUUGAAAAGGGAGGAAAAUGGCAAGGGAACUGCGAACACACUUCCUUUUUUUGCUUGCUAAUCAUUUUCCGCCAUUAACCAUCUUUUCAGUACUGUAAAACAGCCGAUGCUUCCUACUUGAGCGAAGUCUAAAAGAAGCGAAAAGGUUUAACUUAUUUGGAUUCGACAGAAUGAUCGCGGGUUUCUUGUCUUGGAAGCUGAGAAAGGCCAAAAACUAUGCCAAAACAACAACGAAAAAAAGAUAUCAUUGUGCGUACUAACAUCAACUACAGAAUCAUUUUCGGACUCGCGCAUCCCAUGAUUGUCUCAUGGGCCGUGACCAGAGGAGGCGACGCAUUUGGGCGUGGCUCGCUCUAUCCUUCACAGAUACUUUUUUUUAACACGCAGCCAAGCUAGAGAUGUAGUGCUUUGAAUUGCAAUAAAGAGGCGUUUAUCAGUGAAAUGUGUGAUUGGGCUAAAUAUCGACAUAAUGCGACGAAAUCACCCUAAGCGAUACACGACUGGGUGUUGUACCAUGAAUCUCCAGUUUACAGCCCAAAACUACAAGACAACAGGCAUCCCUUUCCCUUUCACCUGAGAGUUCCUCUCGGAGGACUUGUCUGCAAGGCAAAACCCGGUGGAAAAACGUGAGCUUGGCGAUAGAAAAUGUGUCUCUAUGAACAACAGAAUAGCCCCACUAAACUACGAGCUACGCGCACGAAAGUGUCCAAUAAAAUGCGAUUGAUUGUCGACUAUCUCCGAAUUAGAGCUCAACAGGGAGCCGGGUGUAAUUCAUGCAAGUCAAAAAAAGGUUAUCAUUAGAUCCGAUCGACCGUGGCCCCUUCGGACAAGUUACACAACCAAAAGCUUGUCACUCAAAACCUGUCCUUCCCCGAUCCCCGUUACUGAAAAAUGGGCCUGGAAACGACUGUUGCCAUUCUGGUACCCAGUCUUUGCCGACGCAUCACAGAUGAUUGGAAAAAUCGUUCGACGUGGUUGUUUUCUGUCUACGAAAGUUCAGGCAGGUUUCUUUGCAGUAAGAAGAAGCUUCUUUCAUUCCGUUAAAGCAUCUACAAAACAGAAGGUAAGGGUUUUUUAAUUUUCUCAAUUGAAUGACGAGAAUUUUGACUGCAUGAAUUGUUGUGCGAUGCGAUCGAGGUCAUUGCAUUUCAUUUCACCUAAGUACAGCAGUUCAUUGUUACACGAAUCCUAAAUUUGCCUCACUGUCAGUUCCAGAAAGCUGAUUUAUUACACUGUCUAGUCAUGUUAUAUCCUUUUUGACUUUCUUAUGAGCAAAACCUCCUUAGAUAUAAACCUAACAAAUCUGUUCAUCAAUGGACAGCUGUUACAUAACUUUCAGUUUGCAUUUAAUGUAUUUCCACAAUUUCUUUGAUGAUGAAACCUUGGUUCAGCUAUUUUGUUGUUGCAAUUCUUCUCUGAGAUUUCUUAUUCAAAGAAUAUUCAAAUAUUAGUAAACAUCAUGCACGUAUGCAUUGUAGCUACAUAGUUUUUUGUGUACAUGGGUGUAUUCGGAUUCAGAGGCUUGGAUUCCCAACCUGUAAACAGGCAGAAAUAAAUGCAAAAUCAGUUUAGUAGUAACGCUUUUUGCUGCCCUUGCCUUUGUUGUUGCUAUAGCACCCUUUAACCAUCAAUGUGACUCUUCCAUUUUGGUUUUAUGGCAAUUUUUAUGAUCAAAUGUAGAAAAGUAUUCACUUAGGUUUUUGAUUCAGAGUGUGUGGAGACUAAUAAUUAAACUAGGAUAUUUUUUCAAAUUUACACAUCUGCUUGUAAUUGAGAUAAUGAAUCUGGUUCCAAAACUUUCUAUGUUCAUGACAUGUUGGAAAAAACCACCUCUAGUGAAAAUAUAGCCUUUAUAUUAAGGUUCAAUACGUACAUGUACCUCUGUCUACGAACGUUUGCUGACUUCAAAAUCAAAAUUUAUACAUUACUUUUUUAUAUCCUGAGAGUGCCAGUUAUAGAGAACCUGAUCAUAAAAUGCACAAGACAUUUUUCAAAGGCACUUCAAAGAGUUUUGAGUAUGCCCUAUACACACUUCUAAAAUCAGAUAAUUCAGGAAAGUGUAGUUAUACACAUCGACUUUUCCCUUCUCCCAUUCAUUUUUGUUUAUUUUGUUUAUGUAUAUUUCUUGGACAUGUGCCAGUUAAGGCAAAAAUAGCUCAAUAGACCUUUUUACCGACACGGCAGCCAUAUUGUAUUAAUUCUGUUUAAGGAGUAUUAUAGGAUGCCCAGGGGGCGUAAGCACAUUUCAUUUGUAUUUUCGAGCGCUUUUCGGGACAUUUUUUCUUAAAGUUUUCUCAGAAUAAGAUUGUAAUGGGAAAAAAGAUCCUUGUGCAGUGUUUUGAUGUAAUAGUGAUCGCUUUCUCCCGAGAAAUAUACGGUGGAAGACCAUAUUUCUAAUACUAAUCUAGAAAAAGACAAUCAUUAUAACAUCCAAACAUGGCACAAGGAUUUUUUUCCCAUUUCAAUCUUACUCUAAGAAAACUGAAAGAAAAAAUGUCCCGAAAAGCGCAAAAUACAAACGAAAUGUGUUCAUGCCCCCUGGGCAUCCUAUAAUACUCCUUAAAUCAAGUUAAUUCAAUAUGGCUGCCGUAUCAGUAAAAAGGUCUAUUGGUCUGCAGGCAUGAGCUGAGUUGAGUUAGCAGCUUUAGAGCGGCUGAGGCACGAGACUCAAACCUUAGGUGUGAGAGUUGUAGUACUUCCAAAUGGUCACGUACACUGAAUGUGUAUAUCUUUCAGUACAUUGACAGUAACCAUUUUUGCAUUCAUUUAUUUAUGUGUGCUCUGUAUUAUCUUUUCCCCUCAACAGGGCUAGCACCUCAGAAAGUUACAUUAAUGUUCUGUUGAAAAAUUACUUGAGUUUCAUCAGAUAUAUUAAAACUAAUAAAAGAGAUUAUUAACCUUUUAAAGAGGUGUUAUACUUAUUCCAGUGAAUCUUAUCAUUGUAGACAAGAGUCACCAUGGAGACCAGAACAGGCAAACCUGUCGUAAUUUACCUGAUGCGCAAUGACCUGCGUGUUCAUGACAAUGAGUGUUUGUAUUGGGCUCAACAAAAUGGAGAUUAUGUGAUUCCUUUAUUUUGCUUUGACAAGAAUGUCCUUGGUCACACUGCCCUGACUUGGCACUACAAAUUUGCAAAGACAGCAACACACAGAGCCAAGUUCAUUCUGGAGAGUGUAGCUGACUUAAGAGAGACAUUAAGGAAACUUGGAAGUCACCUGAUAGUUCGCAGUGGGCAGACAACAAAGGAGGCUGUUUCAGAAAUAAUCAGCUUAUGUCACCAGGGAAAUGAAGGAAAUGUUUCACUUGUGUACCAGAGAGAGAUCACUAAGGAAGAAACAGAUGUGGAAGCUGAAUUGUUGGAGGUCUGUAAAAGAGAAAAUGUCACUGUGAAGGCCUUUUGGGGAUUGACAUUGUACCAUUUGGAAGAUCUGCCAUUUGCGUCAGUGCGUUCUUUGCCUGACACGUACACGGAGUUUCGAAAAAAUGUUGAAGCAAAAUGCAGAGUGCGGCCCCUUAUUCCUGUGCUAGAUAGUCUAAAAUCACUGCCAGAAUUUUUAACAAAUGAUCAUAUUGGCAGUAUUCCAUCUUUGACAGAACUUGUAAAAGAUAAUUCAGCAGAAACAACAGAUGCACGAACAGCUUUUCCAUUUUCUGGAGGAGAAACAGCAGCUCUUGAUAGGCUGAAUCAUUACCUCUGGGACUCAAACCUUGUUGACAGGUACAAAGAAACUCGCAAUGGACUUAUUGGUUCAGAAUACUCAACAAAACUUAGCCCAUGGCUGGCUGUGGGGGCUCUCUCUCCCCGCAAAGUGUUUGAUUGUAUUAAAAGGUAUGAAACCGAGUGCACCGCGAAUCAGUCAACUUACUGGGUCAUCUUCGAGCUCAUAUGGCGUGAUUACUUCAAGUUUGUCAGUUUCAAGUAUGGUGAUUCCAUCUUUUACUUGUCUGGUAUAAUGAAAAAAACAGGGUUGCCAUGGAAAAAGGACAUGCCUGUCUUUGACCAAUGGCGAUAUGGCCAGACUGGGGUGCCAUUUGUUGAUGCGAACAUGAGAGAGCUGUUGCACACUGGCUGGAUGUCUAAUCGCGGUCGCCAGAAUGUGGCCAGCUUUUUAGUGAAAGAUCUUGGGCUUGAUUGGCGUAUGGGAGCUGAGUGGUUUGAGUCUCUUCUUGUAGAUCAUGAUGUGUCAAGUAACUAUGGCAACUGGAAUUAUUCAGCGGGCAUUGGCAAUGACCCACGUGAAAACCGUAAGUUCAACAUGGUAAAGCAAGCACUUGAUUACGAUCCAGAAGGAGAUUUUGUGAGGCUGUGGGUUCCAGAGCUGGCUGGUGUGAAGGGAGCCAAGGUUCACACACCGUGGAUGUUAUCAGCAUCAGAACUGAGACUUGCUGAGGUAACGUUGGGGGAAAACUACCCCCGUCCAAUAGUUUGCCCUCCUGAAUGGAGCCGGCACACCUCAAAGGUGAAGGGCACAGGAAAGGCUCCUAGAACACAACGUAGAGGAAUUGAUUUUUAUUUCAAGUCCCCAAAACAAGCAGGUCCAUCGAAAAAGAGGCAUUAGAAUGGAGUGGCCAGAGAAGUGGAUCUUUGAGAGGGAUAAUCUGGGAUACUUGGCAUAAUUUAUUUUUAUUUUAUUGUAUUUUGUCAAAUACAAGUUUGGAAUGGUCUGUAAAGAAAAUUUAUAAUGAUUCUUCUUAUUGUGUUUUUUAGUCCGAGUUAGCUUAAACAAUUUUAGUAAAGAAAACAGAGGUUGAGUUAAAUCUAGCCUUAAUACUCUUUACCGUAUAAUUUUUUAUUGUUGGUAUUUUGUUUCUGGCAGCUACCCCUUCCCCCUCAUCCCCAAUGUAGCAACGUUGUUAACAUAAAUACCUGUUGAUAUUCCAAGACACCCUUAGCUUUUUUAUUUGCUGUACCCUGCUAAUGACAUCGUGAGUCUAGCUAAUAAACACCCCACACUAACCUGUGGGUCUACAAUAGAGUCAAAUUAGAGUCCAAAUAAAUAUGAUAAAUGAAAAAGUGGCCCAUAGUACAGAAACCGGUCUUUCAACUGCAGUAUGAAAGGGGUGUGGGGAAAUUAAAGCCCUAAGCAACAUGAUGUAAAGUCAAAUAAAUUUCUCUAUUAAACAAUUAGAUUUUAGAAAAAUUUUUGGCACCACACAGUUGCAUAAGUAGACCCGACCUUUAUGAGGCUUUAACCAUUUAAGCCCUAGCAUCCAUAUGCAAAUUCUCUUGACUGAUUUUCAUCACUUUCUUAAAGGACUAGUUAAGAGAAUCUGACAAAAAAUCAGAACAUUUUCUCCUUGGUGAUCAUUUUAUUAAUUCUCAUAACCUUUUUCCUUGAUGAAAUCUUGAUAUUUUUUGGGGAACAUUGUUUUUGGUCACUCUUGGGACUUGUGGGUUAAUAGCGAGACUGGUUUUAAGACCCCUAAAACCAUUCCCUGUUCAGCAGUCCAUUCCCAAUCAGGCUGAAUGAGAGGAAGCCCCUCCACCCUCCCCCACUCGUUCAAUACAUUGUUCACUUUUUACCUGGUAUGGUUUGGGGGGUUCUUGAGUCUUAAAACAGGCUGGGUUAGAAAAAAAAUUUUGAACUUCACUUGUCCGAGGUUCUUGUUUUACUUGUCCAAAGCUUAGGUCUAGUUCUCCUUGCAUGUCAAGUUAAAUCCAAGGUUUAAUGAUGCAUGGUGAUGGAUAAGAAGCAUAACCCCAUUUAUUGCUGGAACUCAGAUAAAACAUACCGCAUUUUAAGUGUCAAUAAAGUGCUUAUGCAAGUAAUAAGUAUGCUUAUAUACUGUGUUGUUGUUCGCAUCGUGUACUACCCGGCAGGGGAAGGUUUCUUUCCAAGAUUCCUGAAACUUUCGAACUCGUACCAUUGGGCUGUCACCAUGUUUCUUCUCAAUCACCCCAGUGAUUUCUGUGGAAGGGUUUCGUUUCCUCUUUGGCUACUUUACUGGUACACCAAAAUAGCCUGUUAUGCUUCACUGAGCCACCAUUGUGUACGAGCUAACAGUUACCAGGAGGGUCUCUUAUAAAUGCAAAAGUCGAUCCCCCCAAGAGUCCCAGGCCCAUUUCAGUGCGCAGUGAAAUAAAAUGGUGGAUAGAUCAUAAGUCACCUGCAUCAGUGCUGGUCUGUUUUCAUUUCUAACCUGUCAGUUGCUUUCACGAAAAGCGAUCUGUUUUACGCUUGCAAAAACCUGGCUCUAUACUUUUUGUUUUGCUGAAACAUGUUAAAAGCACCUUUAUUUAAAUUUAUUUCCUGAGAAUUUACUUGUCCAAAGGACAAGUAAGGUUGAUGACCUACUUAUCCAUAUCCACUGAUUAAAACCACUUACUGGGGCAAGUGGACACCGUUUUUGUCGCACCAUGACAAGCUAUAAAAAUUUGGUUUAUCGACUGAGGUAUUUAGUGGAUUUGGCAAAAGUAAGAGCCUUUCAUCAAAGCAAAAGCCAAUUAUUUUAAUCUGACAAAUGAUCAGCACUCAAAAUGACCCGUCUCAUACCAAUUCCAUUAUGCUGACCAAUUUAACCUAUCAAAUCAUUAAUAAAACCACAUUUUUGUGUUUUACUUCUCCACUUGUGCAGUACCACUGUACCAAAGAAAGUAAUCCCACCCUUUGUAUUUUGUCUGUCGGUGGCCCACCCCUUGUUACCCCUUGUUACCCCAUGUUAAUGUGCAGUUAGUACACUGAAAAUGAAAAAGAUCAGUUUCAUCCCCAGGGUGCCAAUUCAAGCCUGCAGGUGUAAGUCUAAAUCAGCCUCUCCUGGGGCCCUUUGAGAACAAUUUAUGCCGAAAUAGUCCCAUCAAAGGCUGUUCAAGCUCACGCUGGGACUUAGUUCAGCCUGUGGUUCCACAUCAGCCCUAGGUUAUUGCAGGGGCGGAUCCAGGAUUUUUUUUAGGAGGGGUGCACUCGUCUCUUGCUCUACUUCAACACCAAUAAACCACAUAGUUUUUUUGGGGCAGAAUACCAGUUGUAUUAGAAAACCGCAGGUCAUCUCAGGGGUGGGGGGGGGGUGCGCACCCCCUGCACCCUCCCCCUAGAUCCGCCCCUAUAUUGAACUGCAUUGGUCCUGAUGAGGGGAGCCAAAUUAGACCCAUAAAAUAAAACUGCAUUUUACUCACCAAAACAGCCCCAUUUUAGGGCAAAAACAGAUUUCUCUGAUUUACAGUGUAGACAGGGAAUAAUAAUAAACAACUAGGAAGUUCGUUGUUGUUUUUUUCCUUUUGCUUCCAAUGAAAGUAGCUAGGGGACAUGUUCAUGUGAGCUGGGGGAAAUCCCCUUACCCUUUGGCCCUUAGUGACAGCUCUGGUGACCCUUCAUUGAUAUGUUCAUGUCUUCCAGUUGUGUGAAUUUAACCCCUGGCCACCAAAAUCAUUGCUGUUAUCAAUUGUAGAGUGGCAGGUACAAAAUACAGGUCACAGGUCAGAAGUGCGAGUCCUUGCUCUGUUGAGAAAAAACUGACAUAAGCAGUUUACCCUUAACCCUUUAAGUCCCAAUAGUGCUCAAAAUCGAUUUUCUCCUAACGAAAUCCAUAGACUAUCAUCAGCAAAGUCUAUGAGAAUUAACAAAAUGAUCACAAAGAGAAAAAUAUUUGAUCUUUUACCAAAUUCUCUCAACUAAUUCUUCAAGGAAAUGUAUGGAGAUCAGUUUGGAGAAUUUGUAUGUGGAUAUUGGGACUUAAAGGGAUAAAGCUAAAACUCUAUUUUGGAUUACGAUUACGGCUAGGAGACACUUGUACUGUUGUUUAUUUACUAAAGCACUGUGACCUUUGUGAUAACCUGCACUUGUGACCUGUGAAAUGCAUGUUGUACCGUGUGGUUGAAGAGUAGGAGUGGGAAUUAAGAUCAAUUUGCAGUUGUAUGUAACUUUUUUUGCAGACAUUUAGAAUCUGGACAGCUGCAUAUUUUGUUAAGACUGAGGAAAGAGAGAAGACAGAUUUAGCAUCAAAGUUUUAUAACAGGACAUUGUUGAUAAGGGUGUGGAGAGGACUGAAAAACUUUCGAACAAUCAGAAAACUGAAACAGCUGAGAUGUGGUACACAAUUUGUUUUGUUUCCUUUCUUUCCUUAUAGUAUGGAGUAAUUUCUUUAUAUUGAAAUAGUUUACGUAAAGUAGAGCCUCAUUAACUUAGAGAUGCCACAACACCCUGCUAAGUCAAACUUAUCUUUGCUUUCCCUUUUGUUCAAUUUUCAGUAAAUUUCGCCUCAAUAAAUAAAACUGUUGAGUAACUGGGGUUAUGUUGUAUGUACUGUUAGCUUAGUAACUUCAAAGUGGUGUGCAAUGUUUUUCUGCAGUUUUUGGCACUUCAGCGUAAAUGGUUCAUUGUUGUCACUUUUUUAGUUACUAAAUUAAUAUUAUGGCAUUAAUAAACAAAUUUAAUACUCGAUUAAAUAGCUAAACAAGUUAUGGUCAUUUGCAUGACAUAACAGGUUACCAUAGCAACAGCAUAACCUUAAAAACAACCCUUCUUUUAGCUUCAAGUGCCAAAAAAUCACACUCAAGUUCGGUUUAGCUUUAAGUGCCAAAAAAUCACACAUAAGUUCGGUGACCCCCAUUUUUAUUGUCAAAUUUUUAUUAGCAUGAUAUUAGCUUGCUUUCAUUCAUCAUAAGAGCACUUUAAAUUAUUGGAAUGUUUGCCUAACAUUUAAUCUUAUUCUCUAUCUCUUCAAGGUGCUGCAAACAGACAUUUUUCAUUCACUUUGCUGAAAAAGUCUUUUCAUAUUUGGGUGACAAGAUGGCAAAGAAAAAUAGAGCUUGCUCAGUUUGAUGAUCUGAUCAGCUUCAAGGGAAAUGCGGCCAUCGCAAGAAGAGCGUUUAUUCACUGGAGACACUGUAUCCUUCCUCAGAAUAACACUUGCCUAUAAUAUGUCAGUCUUCAUCAGGGUUCGUACAGACUCUUGAAUUCUUGAAAAAGUCUUGAAAUUUGCCCAGCAAUUUUCUAGAGUAAAGUCUUGAAAAAAUGGUAAAAAGUCUGAAGUUUUUUUCAACGCUACAACAAGUGCUUUACAAUUGACUUUUUUUCGUUUUGGUCAAAUCUUAUCCAGUUUCGCUCAUACGUUUGCAGUGCAUCGUGAAAAAAGCUUUAUUCCCGCCUUUUGAUGAACUAUUUGAUAACCUUAAGCUUGGUAAAGAAAUUAUCGUUUUGGAAAAAAGUCUGGAAAAAGUCUCGAAUUUUGGAUCCAAAUAUCUGUACGAAGCCUGUCUCAUUCUAAAUGUUGCUUACAGAAAUAUUUUCCAGCAUUUGUGAGCAUUCAGGCAGUUUGAACGUCGAUUAGUGCAACUGGCCUUUAGUCAAAACCUUACUGAGAAAUCAAUUUCUGAUAAAAGUGGGUGUGAACUCCACAGUUAUAUGAUCAAUCUAAGUUUUUAAAAAAGAACGAAAAAGAUUACCAGAGUUAAACGUUCUAUCCGUAUGAGCUAAUAGCCAACUGGACAGCGAUGAAAUUGUGAGUUCAUUCGUCACCGUCCGCAAAAGUUUCUUUAGUGUUAAUCUGGUCUGUGUGUUUUUCUUUAGAUUCACGACUGAAUGUCAUGAUUGUGUCGUUCAUAAUACUAGCGGUAAUUCCGUUUAGCUUCCAUUAACGUCACUUAAAGAUGUUGAUCUUAGAAAUCAAGAAUAUGAGAAGAAGGAGAAGGCUGAUCAUUAUUACACACAACACUUACUGGUUAGUUUGGUUAAAGAAAUGAAUUACAGUGGAACUCCGUUAAUGCGACCACCGUUGGGCCAUAAAAUCCUGGUCGUAAUAACGAGGUGGUCGCACUAACGGGGUCUACAAAAUAAUAAAAUGACUCAAUGGUUUUUACGUUUGGUUUGAAAGAAUAUGGCCGUAAUAACGAGGUGGUCUUAUAAACGGGGUGGUCGUAAGGCGGGGUUCCACUGUACGUUUACUUGAACGACACAAACCACUGCUCUUACGGCAGGGGCUUAGAAUGGACCAUACAGCUGUAUAAAAGGGAUGGGCGUGUAAGUAUAACAGGGUGUGGAUCCGGAAUUUGUUUAUUGAUUGAUUGUUUAUUGAUUUUUUUGGCCUUUUUUACUUAUAAAUGAAGGGAACAAAACAUUAAAUUACACGUAUAAUAUACACAAUUCGAAAGAAGGAAUCUUAAAAGGCGAAGAAGUCUUAAGAAUUGUUGAGACUUCCUCUUCACAUUAGCUUUAGGUUAGACCGAAAUACGGGAAACGGAUUUUACAGCUGCCAGGCAAGGGAUUCGCCAAAAUUUGAGCACCAGAUGCGGGUUUUUUUUUGCCUAAAUGUUGGGAAGUCGGGAAAUAUACGUUUGAGCGGCAAAUGCGAAUCAACCAGGCGGACGUUAAGUGUUGUCUCCUUUCAAAUCAGACUAUAGUGUGCUUUGUUAGUUUUUUUAUCUUUGCUUUUGGAAACGAAAGAAGAAUUCGGGAAAGCGAUAGAAAAAAAAAACGCGGGAUGCGGGAUUUUCUACAAAAAUUUAUCCUCAAAUCGGCGAUCUAAAUCCCGCAUGGAAUCAGAUAAUUUGGAGGAGCCCUUGGUCUUCAAUUACACAAUUGCUUCAAGUUACCACCUUGGUGACCUUUUUCUUUAUUUCUUUUUUUUUUUUUUACAGAAAACGUGCUUUAAUGCUCUCCACCUUCAAGCUGUGCAGAGGAGACUUAAGGAGAUGCGCGUCAGGAUGGCUGAAGAUCUCUGCCAGAGAAUUGUAAGUGCUGAAGCAAAAUGAAGUUUUCCUCUAUUGGCUCUCAAGAAGGGGAAAAUAAUUCUUCCAAAAUUUUUAUUUUUAUUUUUCGGACAAAUGCAAGCCAUCUACCAAAGUAGGAGAGUGCUAAAUAAUUUGUUAAUUGUUGGGACCUUUUCAGAGGCAUUAAUGAAACUAGGAACACCUUCCUUCCCACCCCAAACAAAGCUGAAUUCUGAGCAAAAUAGGUGGAAAUAAGUUAUCUUUUGGCCACAAAAUUCUGGGGGAGUGUGAGGGAACGACGGGAUGGACCCAAAGCCGAUGAAAAUAUUGUCAUUAGGAGGGCCAUUAGGAACAGUAACCUAUGUAACAAUUACUUAGGAUGGUGUUUUCACACAGUCCCCAAGUUCUUUUGGCCUCCAUCGUAGGUACCUCUAUGUGCAUUGAUGGAAGACAAACCCUGGCCAGCAUUUCCAUUCAGCCACAUUUUGAUCUUGUCUUGAUUCCGAUGAAUGAUUUGUUUUGCGUAAUUAUGAACCUGAAAGCAGCUUGGGAAAUUGGGAGGAGCUUUUCCUUAAAAUAAUAUGUAUUAACAACGAGCAUUUUUCUUUAUGAAAGUGAACAUGAUCUUCCCAGUAGAAUGAACAAUCUAAGCGGUUGACUGAAAAGGAACCUGAAAAAAUUCAGGCUUGACCGGGAAUCGAACCUUGACCUUUGCGAUGACAGAACGCAAGGCUCAAGCGAACUGGAGAGCAGGCCAUUGUGGUUUCAACCGCUUAGGUUGUUCAUUCUACUGCGAAGAUCAUGUUCAGUUUCAUAUCUUUAUCCGCAGUUCAGAACGCAAGGCUCAAGCUAACUGGAGAGCAGGCCAUUGUGGUUCAGUUCAACCGCUUAGGUUGUUCAUUCUACUGCGAAGAUCAUGUUCAGUUUCAUAUCUUUAUCCGCAGUUCAGAACGCAAGGCUCAAGCUAACUGGAGAGCAGGCCAUUGUGGUUUCAACCGCUUAGGUUGUUCAUUCUACUGCGAAGAUCAUGUUCAGUUUCAUAUCUUUAUCCGCAGUUCAAAUCAUUUCAUAUAUUUCAAUACAAGGAUUUUUCUUUACCAACUCCUUUUUUCCCUUGUAAUUUCCUCUUUUGUUUUUAAAAAUCUUUUGUUGUUUGUCUUGUCAGCAACUUCAGAGAGUGUGGACGGUAUGGUUAAAGCGUUGUGAACAUUCCGAAGAACUCAAGCUUCACUCAGUAUCAAAGAAGGCAAGAGUGCAUUACAGGUGAAAUGUAGUUUGAACGGACAUGUUACAUUUUCCCUUGCGUCACACCCAAACCGUGACCCUCCUCUCUAGUGCCGGGGCUUGUUCUGUAACUGAAAUACAGUGAAACCUCUAUAAAGCGGGCCUCCAAUUAAGCGGACACCCUAAGCUGGGUUCAGAAACGAACGUCUGAUAUUUCGCUUUAUAACGAACCCCUAUUCAGCGGACACCUCUAUUAAGCGGACGCGGACACUAGAAUAAGUUGUAUUUGGCUAAUUUCUAUGGUUAAAAACCUCUAUUAAGCGGACACCGGACUGAAUUGACAAUAGUAGCAUUGGAUUACGUCCUUGAAAUACGUACUGAAGUCAGUUAGUGUGUUUGCAUUUACAAACAAAUUAAAGUUGGUGAUGAAAGGCAAUGAACUUGAACUCUGGAUAACUUCUUUAACAACAUGCAACUUUAUCAUAGUACAUAGUAACCGUUGAAUGUUGAUCGGUAACAAACAUUGCGCAAAUUUUACAAACUCUAUUAUUAUUGGUUUCAAUUUGUGUACGUCGACUUUACUGUUUUUAAUCUGUCUUGUUCAUUUUCAAAUCGAUUUUUUUUGCGCGAGCAAUUGAUUAACUUUUAUUUGACUAUUUGUUUCCACAGGUUUCAGGUAAAAAGGAAGCUUUUUCUUGUUUGGGUGCGCUACUGUCAGUGGAGAAGAUUCAGAAAAUCUCAGUACGCCAAAGCCGAUUUUCAUUUCCGACAAAGCGCUUUACCCAGGUAUAAUUUACAAGUCCAGAUAGAUAAUACAGUCAAACCUGUACUGGUAAGGCCGUCAACCUCUAUUUUAACCCUUUAAGUCCCAAUAGUGACUAACAUCAAUUUUCUCCUAACAAUAUCCAUACCUUGUCAAGAGAUAAGGUUAUGAGAAUUAACAAAGAUUACCAAAGAGAAAAUGAAAUGCCUUGAUCUUACAUUAAAUUCUCUCAACUAAUUCUUAAAGGAAAUGUAUGGAGAUCAGUUUGGAGAAUUUGUAUGUUGAUAUUGGGACUGAAAGGGUUAAAAGUGGUCAAUUACCAAAAUCCCGGAAAUCACUUCCCUUAUUAGUGUAAAACGGCUGAGCUGUGUUAAACGGUCACCUCUAUUAAGCGGUCGCGGUCACCUUUUCCGAUGUCCUAAAGAGUUAUUUUUCUAUUGUCUUUUCCUGUAUUGAACGGUCAAUUUGUCAAGAUAUACCAUGCUCAUACAGAUGUAGAUAUGUGUAUGGCGUUUAGUAGUCUUUGCCUCCUCUCUUUUGGCAGAAGAAGUGGUAGAAACAUUUUGAGGUCAAUAUGCCGUGUGAUGGGUAUUUUACUUUUCCACCUCCUUCAUCUUUAUGGUUAACUAUCAAACCGGUAUUAAAAGCUCAACCUGUAUUAAGCGGUCAGUUGCCCAUUCCCAAAGUUUAAUGCAGGUUUGACUGUAGACUGCAAAAAAGUUUUAUUUUGCGUUGGUCAUACGGUUGCGCGCGUUAUUCGACACAACUUUCUUCGAAUUAAACGCGCGCAACCAUAUGAAGGUCUUGUGAAAAGGGAGAAGGAGCACAGUCUGCAGUCUGUGAGUAGUUUUGUGGUGUUGCAAAUAGGUGCGAUCACCAAAUGACGUAAUACAAGAAAGACCCAUACCACAAUACAAUAGCUAGCCUGCGUGGCUGGCGUAAGACGGUGGGAGGGGAAGGAGAGGGGGGAAAGGCGAAGGGGAGAGUUACACGCAGCGUUGUGAUUCUAAAUACAGCGCACAUGUUCUUUUCUUACUGGCUACCGUGUUCUUUGUUUUUUAGAUAUUUUAGCCGAAUGUUAAGCUUCGUGGACCUGAUGCAUUCCAACCAAGAAAGAAAUUCUACUGCUGAAAACUUCAGACGGUGAGUGAAACAAAGGCUAUCAGAAGUCUUCAAAUGGUAUCUAUCGUUUUUAGGGCUUUUCCUGGUUUAGUACGUAACUGUUAAUAGGAAUUUUUGUGUCAUCCGGACACCGUUUUUGCCCGAAAACUACUUUGUCGUCCUCUCUUGACCAAGCCGGGCCAUGGUAGAUUAACCGCGCUGUAGAACUGGGUCUGAUGACGUCACUUACAGGGAAGCAGCGUUUUCCACGGUGCUUGAAACGUUCGAUGGCGUAAUUUACUUUGAAAUUGCGGACCUUUUCUUUGAAGAAGAGCAAACGGCCAGACAACACGGGCAUUUUCAUUCAUUUAACAUUUACAUGAUAAAAAAGAACUACGCAUUCUCUCCAUUUUUAAAGACAUUAACCUUUUGGUUGGUGCGAAACCUGAGACAUGCUUAACUCUUUGUUUACAAUUUAUCUGCGUAAAAUUUGAUAGGAGCUAGUGGCUCAACCAAGAGUAUUCUUCAUUGAGCCAACUAACUGGGAUGCAGCAUCUCACACCUUCAUAAAAACCAGCUGAUUCUUCGCAUUUUCCAAGGGAAUGACUUUGCUAGUUAUUAAUAAUUAGCUGCCAUUUUUAAACAUCCUGUCAGAUUCUUUCACUUCUUUGUAGGUCAAGGGUUUUGCUUUUCAUUCCCAGAAAAUUCGGAAGUCAUUCUUAAAAGUUAGACGUUGUCAAAACAUGUCAAAUGAGGCUUCAUGAUUGGUUAAACUCCUGUAGCCUCUGGUAAUUAAUAUGAUCAAUCUAAUCACGAGAUUUUGAGUCGCAUUCAGUCAACCCUUCGUCUCUUUGCGAACGCAAUUAUGGAUUUACAAACCUUACUACACAACCUAAACGAGGAAGUAUCCUGUUCUGUGUGUAUGAACCCGUUCACUGAACCAAAAAUAUUGCCGUGCUUUCAUACAUUUUGUCUUCAUUGUUUGACCGAGCUUCAACGAACGAGUGGCAAACAUGGCGAGAUCACUUGUCCGGAAUGUCGCAGAAAGUUCCAAGUUCCCGGGAGCGGUUAUCCUAAAGAUUUGCCGGCCAACUUUCGAAUGAACAGUUUGUUGGAUGUCAUGGCCAUUCAAAAAUGCAACGUCAGUGGAGUGAAGUGUGGAAACUGCGAAAAAACAAGCGCCGAAAGUUUCUAUUGCUUUCAGUGUUGCGCCUUCUGGUGCGAAGAUUGCAGUGCCGCUCAUAACUUGAUUAAAGCGAAUAAGACACACCGAGUGCUGGCGAUUAGAGAUUUUAAAGAUGAAGACAUUGAAAAUGUGUUGAAACGUGCAGUGUAUUGCCAGAAGAAGCACCAUGAAAAAGAAGAGCUGAAGUUCUUUUGCAAGCAAUGUGAAGUUUCCAUUUGUAACACUUGUGUUGUGACAUUUCACGAAGGUCACGAUAAAGUGCUUCUGCAAGAUGCUGCCAAUGAAAAAAAGUUAAGUUUGGAGUCUGCAAUAGAGUCUCAAAAAGAGAAAUUGCUUCAGAUGAGAAACUUGAUCUCUGGACUUCAAAAUGAGUAUAUUAAAAUUCAAGGACAAGUCACGCACAUCAGGAAAAGCUCCCAGAGUUUUGUUGACAGUUUAAUAAAAGUUGUCGAAGAAAAGAAAAUGGAAAUACUUAAAAAAGUAGAAGACAAAGCUAAUAAGUCAUUCGAGCGUCUGGCAGUGCAACAGUCUCAGGUUGAAAAUGAGAUUCAGUUGAUCGAAACGUCAAUUGACAAAACUGAGACGUUCUUAAAGCGAAGUAGCAAUGCUGAGAUUAUGCAGUUCAACACAGUGCAGGAGGAGGCAGUCGGUGACGGGCUGAAACAAGUCGAAGACAAGCUUGAAGAUCCUGGCAAUUUCGUCUUUAUUGCGAACAAAAAAUUGAUUGAUCAAGUAAGCAGUGAUGGAGUUGGAUCGUUUUUUCUCAGCAAGACUAAAUCGAAUAAUUCAGGUGCGGUUGGAAAAGGAAUCACUGACGUCACUGUUGGACUUAAAGCACAGUUUGUUUUAACAACACGAAGUGCUGAGAAUAAGCGAUGCUACGAACAGUUCACUAGUGUAAGUAUGGAAAUGAGAAAUGAUCAAGGCCAUGACUGUGCCACUGGAAUACAAGUCCAAGAUAACAAAGAUGGCAGCUACAAUAUCAGCUACUUUGCCAAAGAAGCAGGAGCAUGCCGGACAUCAGUGAUGGUAAAUGGAGAACAUGUUAGUGGCAGCCCAUUCACUGUUCAAGUGAAACCCAGGCAGUACAAACCUGUGUUGUCGUUUGGACGAAAAGGUUCGAGUUGGUCUAGUGGAAAGUUUGAUGGUCCUUGGGGUGUGGCAGUGAAUGAACGAAACGAAAUAGCUGUAACUGACAAUGGCAAUACCCGGGUCCAGAUUUUUAGUUGUAGUGGUAAAUUCAUAAGAUCUUUUGGCAAAAAGGGUGUAAGAAAGGGAGAAUUUAAGGAUCCUUCGGGUAUAGCUUAUUUAAAUAAUGGAAAUAUUGUAGUGGCUGACACUUUUAACGACCGACUGCAAAUAUUUACAGAGCGAGGUGAGUACCUUGCUCAAAUUGGUAGUGAAGAAAAUCCUGAUCACCAGUUUAAUUCUCCGAUGGGUUUAUCUGUAGACAAUGAUGGUAAUAUUAUUGUUGCUGAUUCAGAUAACAAACUAAUCAAGAUCUUCACUCCAAGCGGCCAGUUUCUUAGAAAGUUUGGCGGAGAAGAUUUGUUAGUUGAUCCCUUUCAUUGUAUUCAGAAGGAUCAAUAUUUCAUAGUAUCAGACAACUGUGAUCACAGUAUAAAAGUGUUUAAUACAGACGGUGAUUUUCUGUAUAAUUUCGGGAAUGAAGGGGAAGGGGAUGGGGAAUUCGAUAGGCCUCAGUGCUUAUCAGUUGACAAAGCAGAACACCUUAUGGUGUGUGAUUAUGGAAAUAACAUAGUUCAGGUAUUGGACCUUAGUGGAAAGUUCAUAACAAAGAUUCGUGUUCCAUAUGGCGGUGAAAUUGAACCGUUUCAACUUCCAACCUCUACCGCAGUUCUGACUGAUGGCAGAAUAGUUUUGACUGAUUAUUGUAACGAUCGCAUGCUGAUAAUUGAAUAAAUACAUUGCAAAGUUAAUCAUAUAAGAUACGCAGGUUAUUCGAUCUCAAAUUGCUGUGAAAUCUAAAUGGCUGUAAUUGAACAAAUUAUUUUACAAGGCUCUCUUGGUUGUUUUAGCUUUUCAUAUUUUUAUCGGUUUUUUUGUUGUUUUUUGCUGUGACAUCUUACGAUGCGUGUCGGUAAUUGAUGUCGUGUAUUCAGUCCAGUACUGUUUCAGGUGUUCAGGUAGAAGAUCGUAAUAAUUUAAGUCUUUUGAGGGCCAGUUUGUCAAUAUUGUACGUAAUGUAUAUUAAACUAAUUUUUUUUAUUGUCAAGAGUGAUGACUGACCAACACUAUAGCAUUUACGCACUUGUUUAUAGUGUGAUUAUUUGAAGUCACGCAAUAAAAAUAAUCAAGAGCCAUAAUAGUAGUCUACUGUGUUGGAAGAUAAACCCCGUUGGUGGAUUCCCUUUGGAUUCUCUCGCAAAAAGUGGAUUCCCUUUAUUAAUAUGUAUAAGUGUCUUCCUUUAUACGAAUUCGGUAUAGGUUUACUAAUGAGCGUCACUCUACUACAAUAGGAACAAUAGGCUUGCCUAGACUUGCCCGGUAAGUAACUUGAGCUCGGUUUACCGGAAUGUCUAUUAAAGGAAAAUAGGAAUAAGAGAAGCGAUCACCUAGCAACGCGAGAAACGGCUUCCUAUAUCUUAUUAGCGCUAAAACUCAGAUAUAUAAACAAAACACAUACAGAAAGUGGAGUUGAAAAGCAUAGUUAUUAGAGGAGACUGGUUAUGAAAAGCGGCAAACAUCAAUGAUAAAAACAACAGUGCUGCAGUUUAUGUCGGAAGCACCCUGAAAGUGCACAAUCCUUUGUUUUCUGUUGGCAAAUUGUUACGGAAUAAAUUGAUGCAACGUUUUUAUUGGUCAAUACAAUCACAAUGAUAGGAAUUCUUUUGAACGUUGUGCACUUUCAGGUCCACAAAAACAUAUAACAAAGGAGUCUGACGGGUUUCAUAACCAUUCCCCUCAAUUAACUAUGUGAAAAGUCUUUAUUUCAAUAAAGUUUAAGUCUUCUUAUUUAGCGCUAAAACUCGGAUAUAUAAAAACGCACGCACAUAUACACAGAGUGGAGCUGAAAACGCUUUAUUUCAAGUUUGUCUGACUAUUACAGAACCUUUUUCUCCGUUCUAUCUCGAGGAAAUGAAAAACUAUUGAAGUCUUGUCAUUUUCACGCAUGGUUAAUCAGGUAAUUAUGCGGGCUCGCAAGCCCAAAGUUGAAUACAAAUUAGCUCUACAGGAAAGACCCAAGAGAGAGAAUCUUGACGUAUUAUUAUAAAACAAAUAACUUAACAAGUAUCAAUUAAAACACGCGACUCAUAAUUGCUAGCAAUAAAAAGACAAGAGAGAUACCGUUUUAAAAAACUUUACUACUAGUGCCCUGUUAGUCGCUGGCGACUUUAAUUUUCAUAUUGACGAGCCUAAUGAUUGCGAUGCUCGACGAUUCUUACAAGUCCUGGAAUCGUUUGAUUUGAUCCAGCACGUCUCUGAAGCGACUCAUAAGAAAGGUCACAUACUCGAUUUGAUUAUAACGAGAGCUCAUGAGAAAUUAGUUGGCCGCUGUACUGUGGACAAUCCUUUUGUCUCGGAUCAUCUUGCUGUACACAGUUUGUUGGACCUUGCUAAAUUACCACUCGAGCGUAAACGAAUCUCAUAUCGCAAAAUUCGUGAUAUUGAUUUUAGCGAUUUUUGUGGUCAGUUGGAGAACACCAGGCUUGUAAGGGAUGCUGCUUCUUUUAGUCUCGGUGAACUUGUUUAUGAGUAUAACACUACAUUAAAGUCGUUGUUAGACAGACACGCGCCUCUGAAGACUAAGACCAUUACUCUUCGCCCAACCGCCGUAUGGUACACUGAGGAAAUACGAUCUGAAAAGAAAAAACGCAGAGCUCUCGAGCGGCGCUGGCGUUCUUCAAAACGAGAAUCGGAUUAUUCUAGAUUCAAGGAACAAUGCCUUAGAGUGAACGCUUUGAUCAAGAAAACGAAAGUUGACUAUUACUCAGGCAUUGUACGGGAGAGUAGUAAUAAUCCCCGAACUCUUUUCAAUACGGUAAAUAAACUCCUACAUAAGCGCGUGCCCGCGGAGUAUCCUUCAGGGUGUGCGUCUGAUGGUGAUCUUGCUAACAAGUUCAUUGACUUCUUUAGUGAGAAGAUUACAGUUCUGCGAAACUCACUUGACUCCACAUCUGAUAUUGUUGUGGAGUCCGAUGCCAUUGUCCAUCAGUGUGCCUUGUCAUGUUUUAAGUCUGUAACAUUGUCUGAUGUCUCGGAAUUACUUAGUAAGAUGACCAUCAAGUCCUGUCCUCUUGAUCCCGUCCCUGCUUCUGUUUUGAAGCAGUGCACAUCAGUUCUUUUGCCUGUUAUGACUCAAAUUGUAAAUCAGUCUUUAUGUCUAGCUGUUUUUCCAGACUGUUUUAAGCUUGCAUUGUUGAAUCCUCUUCUCAAAAAGCCCACACUUGAUGUUGAAGUUUUUUCGAAUUUUCGUCCUAUUUCAAAAUUUGAUGUUCAUGUCUAAACUCACUGAGAAGGUGGUGGCAUCUCAGUUGAUUAAUCACAUUUCUAGUAAUGGACUUGAUGAAAUACUACAAUCUGCAUAUAAACAAUUUCAUAGUACCGAAACAGCUUUAGUCAAAGUUUUUAAUGAUAUUAUCCUAGACGUUGAUAGGAAUAGGACUGUUAUCUUACUUUUAUUAGAUCUAUCGGCCGCUUUCGAUACGGUUGAUCACACUAUACUGAUUGAGAGAUUAGCAAACAGCUUCGGUCUUUGCGAUCUAGCUCUGGCCUGGUUUAAAUCAUACCUGAGCGACAGAACUCAUUUUGUGAGCAUUCGUGGUGCGCGGUCUGUCACGCGUUCGCUGUCGUGCGGAGUACCACAGGGCUCCGUGCUUUGACCUAUUUUAUAUCUGCUCUAUACCUCCCCAUUGGGGGAUAUUGUCAGACAAUACAACAUGGGCUAUCAUUUCUAUGCUGAUGAUACUCAGUUCUAUCUGUCUUUCAAUUCUCUCAGUGGGGAUGAUCAAGCUUAUUCUGUCUCUCAGGUUGAAUCUUGUGUUAGAGAUAUCGACCGUUGGAUGUCUUAUAACAAACUUAAGUUGAAUAGGGACAAGACGGAACUGCUCGUUAUCAGUUCAAAAUAUCGGCCACGCCCAUCUUUAGAUAGUAUCCUGGUUGGUGAUCAUCGUGUAGAGCGGUCUGACAAAGCUAGGAACAUAGUAGUUGUUUUUGAUGAGACCUUGUCACUGGAUAAGCAUGUGAGUUCCGUUUGUAAAUCUGCUUUAUUUCAUCUUCGGAAUAUCUCGAAGAUUAGAAUGUAUCUGACUUCUGAGAGCACAAAGACCCUCGUCCAUGCUUAUGUUACUUGUCGACUGGACAAUUGUAACUCGUUGCUCCUCGGGUCACCGGAGUAUAUUAUUCAGAAGCUCCAGCGCGUUCAAAACUGCGCUGCACGCCUUGUAGCUGGGCAACCUAGGGCUGCGCACAUUCGCCCCGUCCUUAAGGAGCUACACUGGUUACCUGUGGAGCAGCGAAUUACCUUUAAAGUAUUACUGUUAACUUUUAAAGCUCUCAAUAAUCUGGCGCCUCCGUAUUUAAGUCAACUUAUAGUCCCAUAUAACCCUACAAGAAAUCUUAGGUCAGCUAGCAAACAUUUAUUAGAAGUACCGAAUGUGCGCCUGAAGAGCUAUGGUGACAGGGCCUUCUCGGUCGCUGCCCCAAAGCACUGGAAUGAUAUUCCCUUAGACAUUAAAUUAAGUGGAUCAGUUGAUGUUUUUAAAUCUAGAUUGAAAACUUAUCUUUUUAGACUCGCUUUCAAUUGACGUCUUGUUUUAGUGCUAUUGUUAGUUAGUUAUUUUCUUUUUUUGAUUGUAAAGCGAUAUAGAGCUUUUGUAUAUACCGCUAUACAAAUAAAGUUAUUAUUAUUAUUAUUACAAAACAAUGACAAAAAGAGUCAAAUAUACAGGAAUGGAAAUUAAUUAAUCUUCAUCUUCGUUCUCCUCUGUAGAAGGGGAAUAGAAAUUGUUUUCCAACGUCUUCACGUUUUUGUGUGUAACUGCUCCGCAAUCGUGACACCGAAGAAAGCCCUCUUUCAUGUAAUGUCUCCCCUUGGGAAUCUGGUGAUCGCAUAUAGGACAAAUCUUGUAGUAAUCGUGCCAAAGGCAUUUAGGACAUUUCAUGAUCAAUGUCCCGUACACAUUAGAGUUUUCGCAGUGUUCACAGGGACUUUUGGAGUGAAAGGUGGUGGACGUUUCAGGGUUACUACUUUCUAUCUCCUGACUGUCGUUUUCAGUGUCGUUGUCGCUCUCUUGGGUGUCUUCCGCUUCAACGCCAUUCUCAGAAGCCACUUCCUCCUCCUCCUGAUUUUCAAUAUCCGAUGAACUCUCCUCAUUAUUACUCUCGUUAUCGGAAGUAUUUUCUACAUUUUGGUAGCCUUUUUCCUUUUCUAUUAAAUCACUUAACAACUUUUUGUUCUUGAUUAAACCUUUAUCGAUUCCUAACUCUGCAAGUCCAUCUAGAAAACUACACUGUCGUCCUCUCUUGACCAAGGCCAUGGUAGAUUAACCGCGCUUGAGGACUGGGUCUGAUGACGUCACUUACAAGGAAGCAGCGUUUUCCGCUGCACUUGAAACGUUCGAUGGCGUAAUUUACUUUGAAACUGCGGACCUUUUCUUUGAAAAAGACUAAACGGCCAGAUAACACGGACAUUUUCAUUCAUUUAACAUUUACAUGACAAAAAAGAACUAUGCAUCCUCUCCAUUUUUAAAGGCAUUAACCUUUUGGUUGGUGCGAAACUUUCGGCACGCGGCUUAACUCUUUGUUUACAAUUUACCUGCGUAAAGUGUGAUAGGAGCUAGUGGCUCAACCAAGAGUAUUCUUCAUUGAGCCAACCAACUACAGUGUAGGUUGCAACAUCUCACACCUUCAUAAAAACCAGCUGAUUCUUCGCAUUUUCCAAGCGAAUGAUUUUGCUGGUUAUUAAUAAUUAGCCGCUAUUUUCAAAACAUCCUGUCAGAUUCUUUCACUUUGCAGGUCAAAGGUUUUGCUUUUCAUUCCCAGAAAAUUCCGAAGUCAUUCUUAAAAGUUAGACGUUGUCAAAACAUGUCAAAUGAGGCUUCAUGAUUGGUUAACUUCCUCUGCAGCCUCUGGUAAUUACAAUAAUAUGAUCAAUCUAAUCACAACAUUUUGAGUCGCAGUCAGUCAAUCCUUCGUCGAUUUGCGAACACAAUUAUGGAUUUACAAACCUUACUACACAACCUAAACGAGGAAGUGUCCUGUUCUGUGUGUAUGAGCACGUUCACUGAUCCAAAAAUAUUGCCGUGCUUUCAUACAUUUUGCCUCCAUUGUUUGAACGAGCUUCAACGAACGAGUGGCAAACAUGGCGAGAUCACUUGUCCGGAAUGUCGCAGAAAGUUCCAAGUUCCCGGGAGCGGUUAUCCUAAAGAUUUGCCGGCCAACUUUCGAAUGAACAGUUUGUUGGAUGUCAUGGCCAUUCAAAAAUGCAACGUCAGUGGAGUGAAGUGUGGAAACUGCGAAAAAACAAGCGCCGAAAGUUUCUAUUGCUUUCAAUGUUGCGCCUUCUGGUGCGAAGAUUGCAGUGCAGCUCAUAACUUGAUUAAAGCGAAUAAGACACACCGAGUGCUGGCGAUUAGAGAUUUUAAAGAUGAAGACAUUGAAAAUGUGUUGAAACGUGCAGUGUAUUGCCAGAAGAAGCACCAUGAAAAAGAAGAGCUGAAGUUCUUUUGCAAGCAAUGUGAAGUUUCCAUUUGUAACACUUGUGUUGUGACAUUUCACGAAGGUCACGAUAAAGUGCUUCUGCAAGAUGCUGCCAAUGAAAAAAAGUUAAGUUUGGAGUCUGCAAUAGAGUCUCAAAAAGAGAAAUUGCUUCAGAUGAGAAACUUGAUCUCUGGACUUCAAAAUGAGUAUAUUAAAAUUCAAGGACAAGUCACGCACAUCAGGAAAAGCUCCCAGAGUUUUGUUGACAGUUUAAUAAAAGUUGUCGAAGAAAAGAAAAUGGAAAUACUUAAAAAAGUAGAAGACAAAGCUAAUAAGUCAUUCGAGCGUCUGGCAGUGCAACAGUCUCAGGUUGAAAAUGAGAUUCAGUUGAUCGAAACGUCAAUUGACAAAACUGAGACGUUCUUAAAGCGAAGUAGCAAUGCUGAGAUUAUGCAGUUCAACACAGUGCAGGAGGAGGCAGUCGGUGACGGGCUGAGACAAGUCGAAGACAAGCUUGAAGAUCCUGGCAAUUUCGUGUUUACUGCGAACAAAAAAUUGAUUGAUCAAGUAAGCAGUGAUGGAGUUGGAUCGUUUUUUCUCAGCAAGACUAAAUCGAAUAAUUCAGGUGCGGCUGGAAAAGGAAUCACUGACGUCACUGUUGGACUUAAAGCACAGUUUGUUUUAACAACACGAAGUGCUGAGAAUAAGCGAUGCUACGAACAGUUCACUAGUGUAAAUAUGGAAAUGAGAAAUGAUCAGGGCCAUGACUGUGCCACUGGAGUACAAGUCCAAGAUAACGAAGAUGGCAGCUACAAUAUCAGCUACUUUGCCAAAGAAGCAGGAGCAUGCUGGACGUCAGUGAUGGUAAAUGGGGAACAUGUUAGUGGCAGCCCAUUCACUGUUCAAGUGAAACCCAGGCAGUACGAACCUGUGUUGUCGUUUGGACGAAAAGGUUCGAGUUGGUCUAGUGGAAAGUUUGAUUGUCCUUGGGGUGUGGCAGUGAAUGAACGAAACGAAAUAGCUGUAACUGACUGUAGCAAUAACCGGGUCCAGAUUUUUAGUUGUAAUGGUAAAUUCAUAAGAUCUUUUGGCAAAAAGGGUGUAAACAAGGGAGAAUUUAAGGAUCCUUCGGGCAUAGCUUAUUUAAAUAAUGGAAAUAUCGUAGUGGCUGACACUUAUAACGGCCGACUGCAAAUAUUUACAGAGCGAGGUGAGUACCUUGCUCAAAUUGGUAGUGAAGAAAUUCCUGAUCACCAGUUUAAUUCUCCAAUGGGUUUAUCUGUAGACAAUGAUGGUAAUAUUAUAGUUGCUGAUUCAGAUAACAAACUAAUCAAGAUCUUCACACCAAGGGCCAGUUUCUUAGAAAGUUUGUUGGAGAAGAUUUAUUAGUUGAUCCCCUUCACUGUAUUCAGAAGGAUCAAUAUUUCAUAGUAUCAGAUGAAGGUGAUAACAGUAUCAAAGUGUUUAAUACAGACGGUGAUUUUCUGGAUAAAUUCGGGAAUGAAGGAAAAGGGGAUGUGGAAUUCAGUGGGCCUCAUUGCUUAUCAGUUGACAAAGCAGAACACCUUAUGGUGUGUGACUGUGGAAAUAACAUAGUUCAGGUAUUGGACCUUAGUGGAAAGUUCAUAACAAAGAUUCGUGUUCCAUAUGGCGGUGAAAUUGAACCGUUUCAACUUCCAACCUCUACCGCAGUUCUGACUGAUGGCAGAAUAGUUUUGACUGAUUAUUUUAACAAUCGCAUGCUGAUAAUUGAAUAAAUACAUUGCAAAGUUAAUCAUAUAAGAUACGCAGAUUCUUCGAUCUUAAAUUGCUGUGAAAUCUAAAUGGCUGUAAUUGAACAAAAUAUUUUAUUAAAUUAUUAAAUUAAAUUAUUUAUUUUCUUGUUUUUAGGUUCUUAUAUUUUUAUGGUUUUUUUGUUGUUGUUUUUUCUGUGACAACAUCUUACGAUGUAUGUCAGUAGUUGAUGUCGUGUAUUCAGUCCAGUACUGCUUCAGGUGUUCAGGUAGAAGAUCGUAAUAAUUGAAGUCUUUUGAUUUUUUAUUGUCAAGAGUGAUGACUAACCAACACUAUAGCAUUUACGCACUUGUUUAUAGUGUGAUUAUUUGUAAUCACGCAAUAAAAAUAGUUCAUUUGUUCUUAAAACGGUUUAUUGUAUUUUGUGAGGAACGGGCUCAGGAUGUGAGUUGUUUAUUACCCCAAAGAAGUGCUGGCUGAACAGUAAACUAUAAAAUCAACAUUGACGUAUCAUAAAACGCCAGCGCUGCAUUCUGCCUUCUUAGUGAUUAACAAUACGGGUUAGCAAUCCUUCUGGUUUUCUGGUUUUGGUUGACGGUUUAAAAUAUUCAUAUUAAUUUUUACUUGACACUUGCAAUUGCAAAUUAUGUUGUGGCUUCUAGUGCGAGGAUUGCAUUGCAGCUCAUAGCACAUUAUCAGAGCCAAUAACGAUCAUUGGGUGCUGGCAAUUAAGGAUUUUCAAGACAUCGCGGACGCGGCCAUCAGAUUGCCCGAAAAAAUCACCAUGAAAAACGAAGAGUAAGAAGGUUCUUUUUCAGGGACUCUAUUUGGUACCUUUUUCAGGCUUCAGGUAUAUGACAGAGUACGGAUUUUACUAGCUGAAGUAUAUAAAAGGGUAGGGAAAUCUGUCAUUCUGGUCUGUAAAAGGUCUGUAAAAGGGUUAACAGAUGACUAUUAUCACUGAAGGGAUACAAAAGUCUCAACAAGGUAUGUAAAAGGGGUACCAUUUGUCAAUAGAAUGUAUACGAAAGGGGUACCUUUUUUGUGAAAAAUGGUAUAUAAAAGGGUAAGGGGUUGGACCUCGGGGCGGAGCCUCCCCGUAUAAACAUUUGUUGAGUACCCCCCCGGGGGGGGUUCAUAUAUUUAGUAAAGGUGGAACUUACUUUUAAAAGAUCUUUUGCGAGAAAGGUCGAAAGCUCCCUACAUUUAUAACUUAUUUUAAACAAUGGAAACAUUGUUGUGGCUGCCACAUUUAACGAACGACUGCAACUAUUCACUGGGGAGGGGGAGUUCAUCUGAAUUGCGGACAUCUUUUUUCUAAGGAACUUUUUGUAGUGAACAUCACUUGAAGGCUGGUUCAUGCAUGGAACCCAUUACCUAGCUUGCGAGCACGUUCUCCUAUUUGGGCAAGCAAAGCGAGCCGCGCGAGAACGCGCGAGCGAGCGGCUCGUCUCGCGCGUCCACUUUUCGCUGACGAUAUCCCCCAAAUGGAGAGCUUGCUCGAAGGCUACCCAUUACCAUAUACGGAUUCCCGUUCGUACCCAGUCGCCUCCAGCUUUGAUAAAUUGCUGUUUUCCUCCGCAACUUUCGACCCAGCGUACAACUGCAAGAGACGACCGUGGGAAAGCCGUCACUGUCGAAGGCGUCACCAGCGGCUCAAGAAAAUUUGCUUUAAAUUGAACCAAAUCAGUGUCUGGGUUUCAUAAACUGACUCUGACAUGUAAACAUACUGCUAGCAACAAAUUUUAAGAGACCGACAGAUUCUCUCACUUCUUUAGAGGUCAGGGAUUUUCCUCUCAAUUCGUAGAAAACUCGGAAGUGUUUCUCAGCAGUUAGACACCGUAAAAACAUGUCAAACACAACCUUUAUGAAGAAGUAUCCUGUUCUGUGUUUAUGAGCCUGUUUACGGGUCCAAAAAUAUCGCCGUGCUUUCAUACAUUUUGCCUUCGUUGUUUGAACGAGCUUCAGCGAACAAAUGACAAACAUGGCGAGAUUACAUGCCCGGAAUGUCGCAGAAAGUUCCAAGUUCCUGGAAGUGGUUAUCCUAAAGAUUUGACGGCCAAUUUUAGAAUGAACAGUUUGUUGGAUGUUAUGGGUGUUCAAAAAUUCAGCCUCGCUGAACUGAAGUGUGCCCAAAAAAAAACUGCGAAAAAACAAGUGCCCAAAGUUGUUACUGUUUUAAACGCUGCGCCUUUUGGUGCAACGAUUGCAUUGCAGCUCAUAACAUUAUCAGAGCCAAUAAAGACCACAGAGUGCUGGCGAUUAAGGAUUUUCAAGAUGAAGACAUUUAAGACGUGUUGAAACGGCAAGUAUUUUGCCAGAAGAAGCAACAUAAAACGAAGAGUUGAAUUUUUUUUUGCAAGGACCGUGAAUUCGCCAUACACUUGUGCUAUAACAUUUCACGAAAAGCACGGUAAGGUGCCUAUACAAGAUGCUGCCUAUGAACGAAAGUUACGUUUGGAUUCUACGAUUAAAUCUCAGAAAAAGACGGCGCUUUAGGUAAAAAAUAAGAUCACUAGUCUGCAAAGUGAGUGUAAUGAAAUUCAAGAACAGGUCGCUGGCGUGAAGAAUAGCGCGAAGAGUUUUAUUGUCAAUUUAAUAAAAGUCUUUGAAGCGAAGAAACAGGAACUAUUUAAAGAAGUGGAAGACAAAGCUCAAGAGGUGAUCGAGGGUCUGGAAGAGCAACAGUCCGAAGUAAAAAACGAAUUACAGCUGAUGAUUGAGACAUCAAUUGAAAAAACUGAAACUCUCCUAAAGCGAAGCACCAAUGCUGAGAUUGUGAAGGUGAAGUCACUGACGAGGCAGAAAAAGUCGACUGCGACCGUAAGGAUCUUGGUCACUUUGUGUCCUUUGCAAACAAAUCGUUGAUGGCUAAAGCAAACGGUGAAGGUGUUCGUUCUUUGAAACAAAUCAUCAGCCAGACUAAAUCCAGCGACUCAAAAGCGGAAGGAAAAGGAAUCACUGAGGUGACUGUUGGACUUAAAGCACAGUUUGUUUUAACAACACGAAAUGCUGAGAAUGAGCUAUGCUACAAAAAAUCUGACAUCGUAACCGUGGAAACUAAAAAUGAUGGAAGAUAUAACUGCGCCACUGAAGCACAAGUCCACGAUAACAAAGAUUGCAGCUACUUUGCCAAAGAAGCAGGAACUCGCCAGACAUCAGUGAUGGUAAAUGGAGAAGAUGUUAGUUGCUGUCCAUUCACUUUUCAAGUUAAACCCAGGCAGUACAAAGCGGUGUUGUCAUUCGGAGGAGAAGGCUCAUCUGCUGGAAUGUUUGAUGGACCUUGGAGUGUGGCAGUGAAUGAACUAAUGAAAUUGCAGUAAUUGAGUCCAAAUAUUUAGUAGUGAUGGAACUUAUCUAAGGUCUUUUGGGAGAAAUGGUGAUCAAGAGGGAAAGUUUAAAUACCCUGGAGGUAUAGCCAAGUUAAAAAAUGGAAACAUUGUAGUAGCUGAUUGUGAUAACAGCCGACUGCAAAUAUUCACUCGGCGGGGUGAGUACCUAACGCAAAUUGGAAAUCGAAAUCUUGAUCAUCACUUUAGCUAUCCAUGGGGUGUACCUGUAGAAAGUGAUGGUAAUAUUAUUGUUGCCGAUUCAAAUAACAAACUGAUCAAGAUCUUCACCCCAAGCGGCCAGCUUCUAAGAAAGCUUGGUGGAGAUGAUUCAUUAGGUGAUCCCUGUCACUGCAUUCAGACGGAUCAAUACCGGUAUCUUAUCGUAUCAGACGCAGGUGAUGACAGUAUCAUUGUUUAAUGCAGACGGUAAUUUUCUGUAUAAAUUCGGGAAUGAACGAGACGAGGAUGUGGAAUUCAAAAAACCUCGUUGCUUAUCAGUUGACAAGGCAGGGCACUUUAUGGUCCGUGAUUUUUUAAAUCACACAGUUCAGGUAUUGGAACUGAAUGGAAAGUGUAUAACAAAGUUUGGACGAUACGGCAGUGAGAUUGGAGAGUUGAAUGCACCAAGGUCAACCGCAGUUCUCAGUGAUGGUAGAAUAGUUGUGACUGACUUUGAUAACAUUCCUAUUCAGAUAAUUGAAUAAGUAUCCUACAAAAUUAAUCAUAUGUUCAAUGUUAUGUAUUAUCAAUUUGCAGACAAGCCUGACUCGUUGCUUUUCAAUUUAUUUGUUGCUUUCUUUUUUACUAGCUUGUUUUUGGAAAGCGUUUUCGUCUUGGUCGAUGAUUGACUGGUGAAUCGAUAGUCUUACUGUUUUCUAUCCUCAGUCUUUUCCGUGAUGUCAACAAUAUCAUUACCCGCGAUGUCAGUAAAACUAUGUUGCUAUUUACUGUGUGAUUUUGUGGGCCGGAAGCUCUAAGAACGGCCCACAGGAUUGGUUUAGAAAACAAUAGAUAGCCCUAACCCAAACAAAACUAACAAUGAACCCCAACUCUGAAACAAUAGAGCUUCUGGCCGGCCAACAAGAACCUAUCAAAUUAGAGGUUCUAAAGAGGUUCUGGCCAACAGGUGAUUUUUGUCAACAAGGACAAGUUUUCGUGGUGUCGUUUUGUAUUUUGUGAAAAAAAUAAUAAAGAAACAAACAAAAAGGAAACCGCUUAUGCAAGCUAUAUAUUGUCUUCAGAACCUUAGGCGCUUUCCAUUCAGUAAAGAACUUCGGAAAUUUUGGUAAGAAAUCAAAUGGAUCGGUUCGGUCCGACCGGAAUAUUUGGGACCACCCCUGAAGGUGGUCUAUUUUGACCGAUCCAGUCAUUUCGGUUCGGUGGGACCAAAAUGUCCCUUUCCAUUGAACAUGUGGAAUUUCCGAAAUUUCUAACAGGAAUUUUUGUUGAAUGGAAAGCUCCCAUUGUCUCUUGCGACUAAAAUAAUCGUCCAAACCCGCUUAUGUAGUACGACGUGAAAUCAAAAUGGCGGUCCAGUCAGUGUCAAACUAUAACAUGAUGGUGAUGAUAUAAAUAAUAUUAUAACAUAGCUAGAAAAUUCGCCUAAUCAAAUUCAAUAGCGCGAGCGUGCUUCAUAUUCCUAUUGAGCACGCUGAUGACGUCAAUAAACUUUUCGUAAUUCCUCGAGUUGUUGUGAGCCUAGCAAUCCUGAGUCUCCUGAGUGCAUCCAUAACUCAGCAAUAGACAAUGAAGCGUUUACCAUGUGUUUUAUAAGGAAAUUUAAGAGGAAACGUUUGAAUUUGUUAACCGAUAGUAAGGAAGAGAGGUGAGUGUUGUUGUUCUUGUUGUUGUGAUCUCCGCGAGCUGUGAGGGCUAUGGCGUGAGAUCAUUCUUUGCAAAGUUGUUUUCUCUCAAUAACAAUUUUUCGGUAAAUUAAUAGUUUUCCGGUACCUAAAUAUGGAUUUUAUAAUCAUUUUAGAGCACACUUUCUCUCAGUUUCAGGAUAAAAACACAAGAUUAACUCUGAGGAAAAAAAAUAUAUAGUCACGUAAACAUUGACGCGUACUGCUUUGAGCGCGCCCUACAAUAAUAAAAUUUUAAGUUAACUGCUACAUUGAUCGCUUUGAUAAUGUUAUAAAACAAUUAGUUCAUGCUGCAGCUGUGCGUAUGUCGAGAUAUUGAGCACUUGGAAAGUUUGGAGAGCACUCAAGAGGCUAGAGUUGCACUCGGCUGCGCCUCGUGCAACUCUUACGCCUCUUUCGUGCUCUCCAAACUUCCCGCGUGCUCAAUAUCUCGACAUACGCACGCUGACGCAUGAACUAAUUGUUAAAUGAUAAUAGUAAUAAUAGUAAUAAUAACAAUAAUGAUGAUGAUGAUGAUGUAUGACUCUCAGUUUGAAUUUUAGAAUGUUGCAUGAUGAUGAUGGUUUUAAUAAUCCUUAUAUACUCGGCAGUAUUUAUAGCGCCAAGGCUAAUGGGGCCGAACAAAUGUUUGAAACAAAUAAUUUAAAUCAAACCUAAUCCGAAAUCGAAACCUAAACCGAAUUCUAACGGCCGGAGGUAAACCAGUUGGCUAUUUACAAGCGUGGUCGAGAAUUUCGGGACUCAGUACUCUAACCACAUAAUAUUCACAUUCCAAUCUCUUGAAGCCAAGAUAUCAGGCCUCGUUUGACAGAUGAUCGAUGUGAUAAUUACAAGAGGGUAAAAUGACGACAUGAAAGCUUUGUUCACAUGCUCCCCCCCCUCCCCCACCCCCCGCUUCGUUUUCCGGUCCCUGUUCUUUCCCUUUCCCGUUCACAUAUCUACCUUCUUCGCCUGAUCCUCGAGUAGAGAGCCUGCUCUCACAGGUUAACCAAGUUUACACAUGUUGUCGUCUGCUCAUCUCCCUAGCGUAUCGUCAUGAUUGUAAUGAGUUGACAAAGCACAAUUGGCCACAUCAGUCGCUUUUCGUAUCUGGUUUGAAGUGGUAACUUUUUUGGUUUUCAGCUUCAUAUUUUUGACUUCUGGAUUACGCGUAGCGUAAGGAACAAGUUAUUGUGGGCACUGCGAUAUGCAAAUGUGUCACUCGGGUGUAGACACCGUUCGUAAUUAGUGGGCUCCGCACGAAAGCGACCGAUAUCAAAACGACAACUGUCGUAGAUCGAUCGUUCCCGUUCCACGAUCAAGAAGUGCUGAGCGUGCAUUGUGCCCAUAGCUUUUGAUAUUAUGACUUUGUACCUUUCACAGGACGAUAAGUUGUCUUCAUGUGGACUUUGAAUGUUUCAAAUUGGCACUAUGACCAACUCUGAGACAGAAGUUUAUGAACUUUUGAAGCUUUUUGACUCGUCCAGGCGAUAAUGACGAAAAGAUCAGCAGCUGUCAUGGUUUUUAGGGAAAUAUCAUUCUGAAAUGAAAUGUUUCUUUGUUCGAUAAAAACGGAAAUGUUUACUGUUGCUGAUUCGUAAUUGAUUCUCCUCAUGUAAACGCCGAGAAUCGCAAGCUGCUAGAGAGUUCGCGACGGUUUUACGAGACACUAGUCCCUCCAAAUGUUCUUCAAGUGCAACGAAAUGAGUCAAAGUAGGGCUUUAACUGUCAAAACCCUGCUUGCUGUCCUCGAAUAUAUCUUUCAAUUCUUCAUAAAUAAAGCUCUACCAGCUUAAACAGCGUUGACCGGCAGAAUUUCGUGGGCAAAAGUGUUGAACAUGAUUAAUUUAACGGUGUUUUUCAAUACAACGCGUUAACCUUCCACGUCGGAGCUCCGGGGUUCUACUCAUCGCCGCUGAAGACGGUUUUUUUUGGUCCUUUUUUUUGUUGUUGUUUUUUCGUAAAACAAAUUUCAUUUUUUGACUUAAAAUAUACCGGUAGACUUAUUGCAGGUUUCAUUUCUAAAAUACAGUAAUUAAAGGGAACCUCCACUUCAACAAAAAGAUAACUUUAAAUCACAGGAAAUAACUGUUACAGUCAAGUCAAUCUAAAAUAUUUUUAAAGAAAGCGUUUGUAUCCGAAAGAAAUAACUUUUAGAUUCGCCUAUUUUAGUUUUCAAAUUUUGCGGGCGUCGCCAUCUUGAAUAAUUGUGACGAGUAAUGGUUGCCCUAUUGUUAUUAAACAAAAGCUCUUUGUGUCAGAACAAUAGAGCAACCGUAACACGUCACAAUUAUUCAAGAUGGCGGCGCCCGCGAAAUUUGAAAGUGAAAAUAAGCGAUUUUAAAAUUCACUUUUCCUGAUAUAAACACUUUUUUUAAGACAAAUUUCGAACAAAUUUGUUUAUCAACAUAAUUUUAUUCGAUAUAAACUUAUUCUGUAGUAAGAGUGGAGGUUCCCUUUAAUAAUCCACAAGUUAGCCUUAGGCAGCCUUUUCUGUAUGUAUCAUUGAAAACAAAAUUCUUCCGGCUCCCCUGAAAACCAGAAUAGUAUUUACGAAUUACUAACCCCGCCUGCAUGAUAGUCAGCACCUUCCUUGUAGCAGAGGUAUGAUUACUCCCUCUGUCUGAUUUUCUUAUCACAAGUAAAAACUUUUCCGUGUUCAUCAUCCUUUAAUCCAUCAAAAUUAAACAAAAAUAAGUAAGUAAGGUGAUGACUGUUGCAUGCGUAGUUCCCGGUUUUGCUGGGCGAUAGUCGUUACGGGGAUUCGAUAGUCGAACUUUGGUAACUAGGACGUGGUUGACUGUUUGGUGUCAACGUUACUGAGCCUCUAAAACAAAUGGGUCCUGUAGCAGCUGCUCGGAAAAGAAGUCACCAAUGGUGCCUAACCCUGACCCCAAACAAUACUGAAACAAUUGAAAGAAUUACAUGUCAUUAUUUCCUGCGACCAAUUAGGAGAGAUCUUACAAGCAGCUCCUACAAAACAAAUUCAAAAAACGAUCGUGUUUUUCUUUAGGGAAGCGCUCAUGGCAAAGAUAUUUUACGGUUGGUGGAGAAAACAUCAACUACUUAUGGACGUGAGAAUGAUGGAAAGAAUGGUACGAAUUCUAACUUUUUUAUUUGCUCUUGUGUUAUUUAUUUAAUGUUAUUUUAUUGUUUAAAUUUUGCUCCUAUUCGUCGGUUUGUUUGUGUGCUAGACUACGAAAAGGGCAAGCCUGGGUUGGGGUGUGUCCCAUAGUUAAAAUGCAAGGAUGCCCGUCUUCUCGAUUUGGUGCGUCAGACAGGAGCAAAUUUUGGUCUGACAGAGGGUCUUCGGGACGGAAAUCCUAACAUUUUUACCCAUACAGAUAUCGCUUAGGGUUGUUCAUAAACAAAUAAACGGGUAUAUCGUCGUAAAACAAACCAGGGGUUGUAAUACUGUUGCUGUAAAGAGUGCAUUCGAUGGUAUUCUCCCCUCCCUUCACAUGUCACCUUGCUGGCGAGUGGCGAUUUCACGCGCGCUCUUGUGUUUCACUCUUUCUACUAUCACUAUAGAAAAUUACGAGGGAUUACGCGCAUUCUCCGGUAUAGCGUAGCAUUUUAAUACAAUAUACUUGCUAUCGAUUUCAUCCAUUUUUCAGGCCAUCCUCCAUAACGACGAGAUUGUAAAGAGACAUUAUCUUCAUUACUGGGUUGAAAGAACGCGCGAAAAGUUAGACGAGCGGCAGCUGGACGUAAGUAUUUCAAUUCGAUGCUUGCAUUAGGUUUAACAAUUAGUUCAUUCUUCAGCUGUGCGUAUGUCAAGAUAUUGAGCACUUGGGAAGUUUGGAGAGCACUCAAGAGGCUAGAGAUAAUUCAGGGAUAAAUUACUCCCCGGAAUUGUACUCCACUGAGUCCUAUCACCAUUACUUUACUCAGCAAUCAGCUUAAGUGACCUUUAAAUUGUCUAUUUCAGGCUUUGGCAGAUAAUCAUCGAAAUCAAAGAUUGCUUCUGAUGGGAAUUGCAAGGUGGAGAGAAUUUAACAGAGAGACGAAGGAAAGGUAAUCAUGCGAAUUUUACAGUUUAGCUGUGAAUCUCUAGAUUUGGUACUGAAACGUAUUCGUGGGAAUGCAUUUCUAUCAAGAUCUUAAAGCGCGCAGUCCGGGAAAGUAACUGAGGCAUAAUACAUUUUAAUGUAACUAUCUUUCACUUGAAAAGGGCCGCAAUUUUGACUCACUUUUGUUCUAUUUCAGUCGGUUUGUACAGAAGACAGCAGUGAGACAUUACUACAUCCAUCUGCUGAAAAAAACCUGGUCAGCUUGGAAAUAUGUGAGUAACUGUUCGGUGUUGAGCAGAAAAUGUCAAUUGCCUACGCCUACGAUCCAAACAUGAACGCAAGCGAUGUACUGAGAGGCACUAAAGCGGCUAACUAGGUCUGCGUAUUUUGUUUGUGCUUUUGCUUGUUACGCGUAAAAAAAACCCGUACCUUUUCAACAUUUAUUGCAUACCGACCAAUUAUGAGAAUCUGGUGAUUCAGAUACAUGAACAAUUGCCUUGUCGUCGAGUGUGUUUUUAACAUAACAUUUUUGCUUCACAGAAGUAGUAUUGAUGAGAGAUUAAUAAUAUAUAUAUAUAUGUGGCUGCCAUUUAAUGACCGUGGGGUAAAGAAACCAAAGCAUCAUAAUCCUUUUUUUCUGCAUGGUUUGUUUGAAAGGAAUUGUUAGCCUUGUUUACCGCGAUCAGAAGAUCAAAAGUAAUAAAUCCUAAGACAAUCACUAACCAUUGUCUAUUGUUCAGUGAAUGUAAAAAAGUGUUGCACGUGAUUUGCACGUGAUUUGACGUUGCAGAAUCAGAAUUAAUUCAUAAUGUUUACUCGUGAUGUGUAUUCCCUUUCAGUUUGUUCAUCAAAAGCAACUGAAAUGGCAGAAACAAGCUCGCGCCGAUCUCCAUUACCAACAGCGUCUUCUCUCUGUUGUUGUGAGCUCUUGGAAGGUACGUUGCUUUGGAUCAUGACAGCUCUCUCCUAAGUAGUAACCUGUGUACAGCAGUCCCCUCCCCUCUAACAAAAUCGUCAUGGCGAGCAUAUUCAUGAAAACAAAUCUAGGCGUCAGUAAAAGAGUAACUAAUAUUGUGCUAUUUUCCUGUGUAAUGUAUUAGGAUUACAAGAGUCACGUGCACACUGCUAAAAGCUGUAGCGACAACAAGCUUCAAAUGCACAACAGCAAACGUUUAAGGUAAGCUAAUAUUUACUUAGCCUUUCUUUCAUGAAGAGACUGCAAUACCUUCCCUUAGUUUUUGACGGAUUAUUAAACCUACUUACUAAGAACCCCUUCAAAACAUCGCUCUAAGACUGUUGUAAACGUGGUUUUCUGAGUAGACAGCAUCCACUUUGUUGUGUUAAUUUCGUGUAUGAAGUCAGUCCACAACACUACCUCGUGUGACUGUGGACUGGUGUGUGCAGGCCUGCAAACAAAAGUUUUUUAGUUUGUAUUUGUGUGAAUAAAAAAUGUAAGGUGACAAAGAACAGAUGUUUACUGUCUCCUUCCUCCUGUUCCUUCUCUUUUUCAUCCUUGGCCUUGACGGCGUGCUUUCUCUUCCACCCCCUCCUAACGGUUUUGUUCCCUUCCAUCUCCUCCCGUCUUCCCCCCUCUUGUUUCUUACUAUCCCUCCCCCCACCCUACUUCUCCCUCCUCAAGCAUUCUUCUUGAUAUGGCGCCUCUUUCUCUUCCUCUUUCUUUAACUGCCAUUCAUUCUAUCACCCAAGUUUUUUAUGGCUUCUUUUGACCAUUAUUAGUUUUCUUGGUCAGUAGUUUUCUUUGCAGUGAAAGAUUUAUGUUGAAUUAUUUUUCAGAUCAGCUUUUGAAACUUGGAAGCAUGCUGUCAAAGAAAACAGAGAGGAAAGACAAAACGAAAACGUCGCGGAAGCCUUUCAGAAUCAAAUGCUUCUUUCAAGAGUAAGCGAAACAAAAAAUUACAUGACAUGAAGCUUUGAUUAACUAACUUGCCUUCCUGAUCUCAGUAGUAAAGCACUUUAACAUGAAAGCGGGUAAUUCUAAUAAACGUUUUGUUUUUAAAACAUCGUUUAAGAGUUGAUCUAUCUAUGAAGGUACUGGACUUGACACACGGUAACUCAAUUGACUCGUUUUCUAGUGCUUUACGUGGUGGAGAGAAUUCGCAGCUCACCAUGCAGUCAAGAAAUGGCAGGAGUGGCAGCGUGUGAAGGAGUUGAAACAUACGAUUGAGAAAGGUGAAUGAAGCGCUUAAAAAACAUGAUGCAAAAGUAUCCUAGACGUGCCCUCUAAGCUUAAAAGUUAACCUUGACAUUUCUAUUUUACAGCUCAGAAUUCGGUAAAGUUGGAAGAUUUUAAUAAUUUAUAGUCAAGCCUCCUUAGUUUAUACUUGCAAAAACUAAAAGUCAAAUCCUCACAUUGCCUGCUUUUGGUUUGUCUCUUCAAGGAAAAUUGUCACGUUCAUUUCGUGCCUGGAAAUCCUUCACAAGAAAAUCGGUUCAAGAUAAAAUCCUCAAACACAAGGCUGAAAACCAUUAUAACACGGCUUUGAAACGUAGCGCGAUGUUAACAUGGAAAAGCUUCAUUCAUCUUCGUUUUAGAAUCAAGGUGAUUGGUCUUUUUUUACUUCCUCGUCCAUAAGGUUAACCAAAAGUAUCUUUUUUACGAUUUUGCUGAAAGGUAAUUUGUUACUGAUAGAGUUAAAAAAAAGACAAAAAAGGUUUUUUGGGAUACUGGGUACGUGGGCUACGAUAAAAAAGUAAGCAUUGCUUUUUUCCAUUGGAACUUAAAUGUGUACUAGAUGCCUUGAGCAACUAAGAAAAUAUCUUUUCAAGGGUUCCGCUUACAAACAUAUGGAAAUGAAUAUAUGUAUCUCGUUUUUGGCAAUUUUAUCUAGAGUUCUGGUUUGUUUGAAAUGCUUAUCGAUGGUUUUUCCCCAUAGAUUCUUCAAAGACAGAGCAUGUGGCUUCAUAAUCGAAGGAUCACAGUGGCUUUUUUUAAUAAAUGGAAGAUACAGGUAAGUCGCCAUCUUAUCUUUGUUUCAAUCAACGUUUGCUAUUGUAGUCUGCCUUAUGUGUUUCACAUCUAGUUUAGGGUAACAAAACCUUAAAUUUAAAACGCUAGCAUAAACGAUGAAAGAAAACUGAAAUUCAGUGGAACGUGGCUGAGUGGUGAGUUCAAUUCCUUCUUUGCCAAGUUUUCCAGCUCUUUACUGCUCGUGAUUCUUUACUAGAGAUUCGCAGCGACCAAUAACUGACCCAGUGUUUUUGUAAAAUCGGAAAGCAAUCAGUCGUCUCCAGGUCCUCUCUCUUUGUACAUACUAAUGAUGACGUAACAUAAGUUCGAGGAAUAAGAGAACAAGAUUGUGUUACUGUAUAGCAACUUAAACAAGGAACAAUACACUAGAAUGGACCAAUAACAAGUAAUUUGUGCUUUGUUGCUGGUCCUCUGACCCCAAACAAUUGCCGUUAAGCCUUAUGGGCCACCAGAGUGUUAUAAACGCUUGAACUGUCCAAAAGAGAAAGUAGUGUCUCAGCGCUUCUCCAGUUAGUCGAUAAGAAAACCUCAGAUCUUUAUUUCAGCACUGUGCUGAAAUUCAAGAAAAGAGACGAACAGUUCUGGCGUUAUGGCAGUGGAGCGUUAACUUGCAAAGAAAGGUGGGUUGUGUUAGUAUUAUUUUAUCAAACAAAAGUCCAUUUGUAUCGGAAGAAUUUAUCCACGCCUAAUCUUUUAAUUACAACAAAAAAUGCGUUUUAAAUAUUUUUUCUAGCGAAAUGCCUUGAGGUUAGACGAGGUGAUUGUCACUUAAACUUGGAAAAAAAUUAUGUUUCGUUUUGUUUUAAGAGGAGAAGGAUUGGUGAUGUUAGUUUGAACAAAGUUACUACUGAGUAGCUUAGAUCACGCACCAACUGAUCUUUUUACAUUAUGUUGCGAAGUAUUUUGAAAGUUAUUUUUAAGACAGAUCUAUCUUAACUUUUGAGUUUAGUUUUUGUUUCAUUAAGUCGUGUUUUUGUCCACGUACUGUUUUCCUGUUUUGAUCUUUUGUGUUUACUUGUACUCGUGAAGUUAUGCUUAGCUCACGAAUUUACUUAUUGCCAUAUUAGGAAUGUUACAGGUGGUCGUGUUUGUGGUGUUAGAGCUGACCUUCGUUCUUUGGUACUUAUCAGUUGCGGAUGUGCGUAGGCUAGUCUAUUCCCUGACAAUAGCAAACCUGUUGCAGUGUUAGCGAUAAGAAGUACAAUAGAAACUCUUCCGGUCAGCUAACCCAAACAUGUCCAGCUUUGGCUAUUAAAACCGCUACUACACUUGAACUAGUUAAUAGAAUAGAUGUAAGAGAAGUAGAGUAGAAGUAGAGUAAGCAGAAGUUGUGAGAAGAUUAAGAAGAAUAAAGGCCAAGAUGUAACUCAGAUUCCUGGUACCUCGUCGUGUAGCGAGCGAGUUGCUCGAACACACCCCCACAAUUAGAUUUUUUUUGUUAUUUUUAUGUAUUAAUUAUCCUCCUCUGUACUUUUACGACAACCUUCUUUAAACAGACACCUAUUCACGACAGAACUAAAUACUCAGCAGAACCCCUCCCCCCACCGCCCCCCAUCCCCCUCCCUCCUCUACGGAUUUGUGAAAGAGUCAAGAUAAAUUAGUCCCGCGCCCUCGCCAUAAUACAAGGCAGUUAACUAGAGACAUGUACGGUGUUUACUUCUGGUGCUUUUAAUCAAUGGUUAUUUGGAUUUCGUUUUCAAGGCGUUUUAUGCCCUCUUGGAAUACGCAAUUGGUCGUAAACGGAAAGCAGUUCGUAUUAGCAAAGCUUUGGAAGAAAGACGAAACAGGCUUCUGCGUGCAGGAGUGACUCGCUGGAUGAAGGUAGGUUUCACUACAGUUUGUCUCGUAUUGGGUUUUAAAUCUCUUUAAUUUUUUAUCAGAAUAGCAACAUGUUUCCUUUUCAAUUUCAGGUUGGUUUUUAUCUAGCAGCGGAAAGAGCGAAAUUUGCUCAAGAACGGCAGAUGGAGGUAGGUUUGGCUGCGGUAAUGUAUUACGCUCUUGAGCAAUCCAACAUUUAAAAUCGUUCAGUUAGUGUCGGUCUUUUUGGGCGGAUUUUUUUUAUUUUAAAUGUUUUAUCUUUCUCUUGCGUUUUGAGAAGAAUAUCUCUUCUAAGGGUUAUCUUUUGAUUUUAAUUCAACGAUGGAGGGAAUUAAGGACAACAAACCCUUUUUUACCCCCCAAAAAUCUGUAAAUGCUUGGUAAAGGUAAUUGUUCUAAUGUUAUCGGAAUUUUUGGCCGACCUCUUUGACUUUGCUUUAUUGCCCAUAUUUCUUGAUCACGUGUUUACAGGCGGCUCACUCCGUGCAUCAGUGUGUGUAUCGUUGCGCGAUGCACUGGAGACGAAUAACAGCAAAACGACUCAGGCAAAGAGGAGGGAGACCGAGACCGAGACCUGUGGUCGAAACUAAACCUGAUUGGCCAAUUAUAAGUCUGCCUGGAGCAUCUCGCUCAUUCCCUUUGGUGCAGCCCUUACCUGUAGUAGACCUUCACAGGUAUAUAAGCGGCACAGUUUAUACUGACUAUUCUUUAUUUUUAUGACCUCAUUUCCAAACUCGUUUGCAAAUUUAAUGUCAUCUAUCUCAACAAAAUGUUCACAGGUUUCAAUGGAAUCUAAGUUUUGCGCACAAAAAGCCAUUAGGAACCUUUAGAUUCGAGGACAAGAACGACUACGAGUACGAGAUUUCAUUUAAAGUUAUUUCGCGUAUUAUCAAAAAGUAGACACCCCAGAAUUUUUCAUUGUACUUUUUUUCACCAGAUAAGUUAGCACUGUUAUCUUUAUUGAAGGAGGUUAAGGCCUCUCCCGAUUGCAAAAUUCUAAAACUGCUAACAUUUGAUAACUUGUUCUCGCCACUACGACAUUCUCGCUAAAACUCGUGGUGGAAUGACGACGGCUACCACGUUUUCCCGCCCAAAUGACGCCAGCUCACGCGCGAGCACUACUUACCAUUGAAAAAAUCUCGUACUCGUAGUCGUAAUCUUCUCAGAAUCUAAAGGUUUCUAUUCUCGGUCUCUGAUUUCUUACGAUAGUUCAUAAACAUCUUGAAAGACUGAGAACCAUCAUUUUUGUCGCCUUUGCAUAAUUGUUCUUAAGAUAACCCAUUCAUUUGCAAGAUUAGCGGAAUUCAGAUCCUGCAUUGCAUUGUAUAUGUAUACGUGCCGUUUCCUUAUUUUCUUUCAAGUAUUGUUUAUCUAUGAUCUGGGGUAUUAGAUAAUGAGUUGGAAAUAUUUGAAAGAACAAUAGAAUUGGUAAAAUUGAAAUGCAUUAAAUAGUUUUCAACGCAUUUGUACUCUCUUUUCAGAAUCGUUUCAGAUUCAUCAAAGGAGCGCCCUCGUCCACGAAAACCUGAUUAUUUAAGAGAAUCCUUUGAUCUUGCCCAACUCACAAGAGCGGCAAAUGUACCACCGACAGUUCCACCCAAACCAUUUUCAACUAUGAACGAUUCCGAGACAUUACCACGCCUUUCCCCACCCCGCCCGUGUGAUCAAAUGAGGAACAAUAUCCAUCCCCACCAGAGGACCCAUCGGGAAGAGUCGAUCGCGUUUCCCUCGUCUUCUGGGGAGGAAUCUGUUCUUGCUACAGAGGAGUCAAGACAUACUGUUAGAGACGCGCAUGGUCAGAAUUUUUAAAUGUUGCCUUUUUUCUCAUUUUUGUUUUCUUUACUUCAUUAUUAUGAUAACUUAAUGAGCUGCAGACAAAACACAAGUGAGCAUAUUUGGAAAAAUUAGCCAUUAUCAGUAUUUUAUGUGUUAUAUUUGCAUUAAGCUAUAUUUAAAAGAACCCAUAGUCUCAGAUCCUGUAAGGUCGUUUUGUAUCAGCCUGAAACUGAUCCCUAGUCAACCCGCUCAGAGGAAAGAUUCCCGAAGGCCGUCUGAGUACAAUGGCCUCAUUACCAAUAUAUACUUGCCGAUAUACCCCAGGCUUAAAUGGCUGCUCUGAAGCACAGUUGAUAGACAAAGACUGAUUUAACCGACUGGAGUGAAUUGUCUCAUUCUUUCCCUAGUAACUCGUUUUUGUUUGUUUGUUUUGUUUGCUUCAUUUUUUAGACUCAAUGAAAGCUGCGUUUAAUGAAAGGGAACAUGAUCUUCCAAAGGCAACUUUUAGACCAGUUAAAAAGACGUCUGUCAAACCAUUUGUCAUCACGGAAAGGCUAAAAGGCGCCCACAGAGGACCUAUGUUAAUGCCUCCCUCAUCCUUCAUUUUACCUGCUCGCAGUAGAGAAACUUCAAGGAAGUCUUCUUUGCCUGACGAGGCUGUGGUACGAGCUUCCAACUCCUCCCAUCCUGCAUCUACACCGCACACCUCCCCAGACAGUCAAAAUCAAAUGCAGUUUAGUCCUUCCUCAGAAGCCUCGUUAUCAAGUAGAGGUUUGGACGAGGAUGAAGAUAGAGAAGAUAACAGCAGUGUAGAGUGCUGGAAGGAAGAGGAGGAGAAUGGAGAAAUGGUGGACAUGGAAGAUGGGAAAAUGGAAGAAGAGAUGGAUAAGGAAGGAGAAGAGGAAAAUUCGGAGGAUGAAGGAGAGGAAAGAGAUGAGGACACAUCUGAUGGAAAACAGGUGGGCGAGGGUCGGAAACCGAAGAAGGUGCGAGAGAAGACAGUAGGGAAUCAACUGUUUGAUCAGCAAAGAGAUCAAGGAAAUCUUCAGGAACGAAUUGCUGCCAUGAAGAAUACACUGCAAGAAUUUCAAGAAUUAAAGACGGCUUACAGGUGAGUGAACAAGUAGCGAUGGUUGAUGAAGUUUUGUUGUUUCAUGUUCGAUGAUGAUGAUGAUGAUGAUGAUCAUAGUCAUAUUAUGGGUACGAUGUACGAUAGUGACAAACGACAUUGUCUACUAUCAUGCACUCCCUAUCACAAAAGAAAAAACUGCUUAUCGUAGGUAACAAUUCAUGAUGACUAUUUUUAUAUCAAAAUGCCUUGGAUUUUGUGAUUACGUUCGCGCUUUAUCUUACUUCUAGUAGAACCAAAGUGAGAUUCAAAAUCUUUUUCGGGUAAUUCACGCAUUCUACAAUUUUUUCUAGUCGUAAGAAGAAACAGCGGGACCAGUUGUCUAUUUGGGUUCAGGAGCAGAGAGAAAACCUAGGAUCAAACCACUUGGACGAAGAGUUCUUGCAAACUGAACAGUGUUUAAACGAGGUAACGAACGUUAAAAUACUGAUACUGUAAGUAUUAUGCCAUUUUUAAGCGUGGCUAAGGAGUUGAUCUCGGUACUGUCUAGAAACAAAUCCAGUGAGUAGUGAGUGCGUUGGUGACCUAGAGAGAUUUUGUUAGCUUGUACGCGAACCGACCCGCGACUGCGAAAAAAGAAAUAAAAUUCUUCGUCAACCAGGGCAGGCUUCAAUUGAACUCGGGAAUUUGGGAUGAUGUGCAAGUGCAGUGCUCGGGCCGCUCGGCGAUGGUGCUUUCUUUUCCAUGAUUGUUUUUUUUUGUUCUAAAAUGUCAUGACUUUGUUGUUCUUUUGUUAGGAUGAACGACAUUUUCACUGCGUUUGCGUAAAUUGAGAUGGUUAAAAUUGAUUGUCAUUACUGAGAAUGUGUUUUGUUGUUUAUUUAGUUGAACGAAGAAGUUACAGAGAUGGCGCAAAGAAUAAAACAAAAUCGACCACUUGUUGAAGAAGUAGCAGCAUGCAUCCGCGAACUUAUUCACAAAUCUGCAUUAGGAUCUUUUACCUAGCUAGUCGCCGCUUAUUUCAGGUCAGCAAUGCACUGAAACGUACUGAGAUAAACGCUCAAGGAGAUUUAUUGUGCGGGGUUUCCUUUCUGGUGGCCGGUCGACGGAGCGGGUCAUCUGUCGCAGACGUUCGCUACCGAAUUGGCGUGGACAUUUUUUCUGGUAGUCUGUUCGGCGCGAACAAUGGGCAGGCAUAGAUAGGAAAGAAAUGGUGAAGGACGUUUUUUUUGCCAGUUCUGACUUGGAGGUGAACAUUGUUUUUGGCUCUUAGCUUGAACAUGCCCACAGCCCAAGUCUUCGCAGCUACAGAAGGUGAAUUCUCCACUGUCAAGUGAUAGAUUGGAAAUCCUUCUGUUACGAACGCCGCCUUUAAUGCGUGACCCCCAGUUGUUUUGCAGGGGAGAAAUGGCAACAAACCUACCCCAUCCCACUCCACUUACUCCCUCCUCACUGGACAAGUACUGCUGAGAGGCUAGGGCACAGUGAAGUCCAACGUGUAUUUUGAAUAUUUAAAUUAUGUUCUUGUAAUUAGUCACUCUGAACUUACAUCGUACGACCCUUAUAUGGAUGCAUUCUUUGUAAGUUUGAAAAGGUAUAUUAAAUAUGAUAUAAUUGUCUUAAAUGCCGGG